AGCCAUAAACUUUUUUAUGUGUUUUCAAUCAAAAUUUCUUAUAAAGAUAUUGGCCACCCUGGGACCACAUUUGAAGCCCAUGGCCCAUGAACUGUUUAACCGUUUAACACUUGACCUUUGAAGGAACAUCAAGCCCACAUCAUUUACCUUUUCUUGAUCUAGAAAUUCAACAUUUAGUACACCGUGACCUAAACAUUAGAGAGAAGAAGAUAGGGAGUUGCAGGCAGUACAAAUUGAGUAAGCAAUAUUCUCUAAUCCUGAACGAACUUACUACUGAUAAAAAAAUUAAUUAUAAAACCAGCAGAUAAAGGGGGAGCCAUUGUACUAAUGAAUAAGAUUGACUACAUUAAGGAAGCAGAGAAACAAUUAAGCAAUUCAAAUUUCUACUUGCCUAUACCUAGUGACCCUACCACAUCAGUGAAAAAUAAAUUACAGGUCAUUCUAAAUGAAGUCUUCUCUUUAAGCUAUAUAGAUGAAGGUUUAGCUGAUUUUUUAUGUCCUGAUGACACCAGAGUGCAUAGACUAAGUUUGUCGUGCCAUAUGGGUCACUUUAAGAAAUAAAUUUUGUAUCUAUGGAUUGCCAACUCCUGUAACUCAAAUCAAUAGUGUGUUUGUCCAUGUAACUCUACUUUGUAACAGCUGCUGCUUAUCACCAUAAGAUCCACUGCCAUAAGAUCCACUGUCCUGUUAUAUCACAUAUGGUAUGUACAGUUGUUUAUGGUUUUUAUAUUAUUCUUUCUGUAAAAAUGUGUGAGAUCACAAUUUUGUAUUUAUUUGCAUUACCUAGAACUUGAACUACUGAAGAAGUCCAGGACGGCGAAACAAGGCUAAUAUUCCGGAAAUCUUUGUCUUAGAGUCUGUGAAAGGAUUCUGUGGAAUUGUAACAACCUUUCAUGUGGAUUGUUUGGACUUUAUGGACACAGGUGGAAUAGCCACUAAUACAUGUAUGGACCUUAUGCAUGAACUGAUUAGAGAAUGAACUGAUCCACUGGGUCUUCUGCUUUUAUCAUUGAACUUUAUGAGUUACUUUCAUUGAAAUUUACAAUAUGAUACAUGAAUAGUAUACUUUAUUUAUGCAAAAAGUACAGCCGGUUACGUCUCGUGUAUCUAUUGAGUAUGUUUUACGUAACCAGAGGUUUGAUGUUGUUUUGAAAGCAGGUGACCAGCAGGGAAUGAUUCAGCUCAGCCUUUGCACUGUUGACUGAACACCCCCUGCUUUUCAGAUAAUGGAGAAAGCUCAUAAAUUGUAUCCCUUCCGGCAUCCUGUCCAACUCUAUUACGCUGGUGUAAACCCUGGUGCACCAGAAGCACAGAAUAGCAGCAAAUAAAAUCUGUUCAUAUGUCAGCAACUGAUAAGACUUAUCAACCAGUUCUUCCAAAGUCUUCCUAAAUUAUAAAGCUCCAAAAUGCAGGCCAAAAGAGAGCAGGUCUGGGAAGAGUGAGGCAUACAAUGGGCACCAACAGCGAAAAGGCCCUGCUCCAUGUAACUCAUGUGCUGUCAUUUGAUAGAGUGCCCACUUGCCCUUCUUCUAGUUCCAGGCCUGCCCAGGCCACAACCCCACAAAAGGUUUACGAAGUUCAGUUGUUGCAAAAGUUUUUCAGUGUUAAUUUUAUGCAUUUUUAAAAAAUCACCAUGGUAUUUAACAAUAUAUUAUGUCCUUUAGAGGAGAAAUUGUGAAUUGUAGAAUUUUAAAUACCCGUCAUCAUCCUUGGGUUUUAAAUACCCGUCAUCAUCCUUGGGUUUACUCAAUUUUGUUUAUAACACUCUUCCAUUUUCUUCUAGUUGUGAGGGUGGGGGAUGGGGAGGGGCCUCACAAGUGGAGUAGUCUAGGGCCUCUCUUCAUCUAAAUCUGGCCCUGGAUGGGGGGAUGUGUACAUUUGGUAAGGCUGAUGUGUGGGUUCAACUCACCUGCCCAGCAAGCCACCCACACUUCAGCUCUGUUCUCUGGGCAGCACACAAGAGCCUGAUGACUUCAUCAACAAGCUUCUUUAUCACUUCCAAACUUAAGAAAUAUUAACUCCUGAAAAACUACAUUGCAUACUGAGAGGAGCACACUGCCCUAUCUUCCUGAGUAAGCCAAGACGUUUGACUUAAUAAACCAAUAAUAUGCACAAGCUAAGUGCUGAUGUUUGCAUCCUGAUUGCUCCGACUUUGCUUCUCCCUUGGCAUGAGUGGGUAAAGUACCCCUGUAUGCUUCAUAAUUUAUAUGAAGCUGCUGAAUGAGGUCAUCAGAGGAUACGUAGCUCUCUUUUCUAGCUGGGUCAGGUGAGGCAGAAAAAGUAAUGGUACAGUGUUAGGUACAACAGACCUAUCAGUUGAGGAGGGUGAUAUGCUGACUGAAGCCCAGCCUGAUCUAUCAGAAAUUACCCAUGUUCUAGGAACCUCCAAGUAGGGUUACUGCAAUGUGCUCUACAUGCACUAAGUCCAGAAUGCUGAGAUUCAUUUGCUAACAAGGAGAGGCAAAGAGAUCACAACUUGCCUGUAUUAAAACAACUCUGCUGGCUGUCUAUGAGCUUCUGAACUUAAUUUAGAAAGUUUUUAAUUUUAAUAAAGAUUUUAAUUUUUAAAAGCUUUAUACAGCUCAGAACACAGGCAUUUUUGGGUUCACCUCUCAUAUCAGUCCACCUGUCCACUGAGGCCUCUCGCUGGGUGCUCCCACCAUGAGAAGUAUGGCGGGUGUUGACUAGACAAACUUUUCUGCCUGCCUAGAGACCUCAUUACUAUCAGGCAAAAGCAUUUGUUUUCCCAGGCUUUUAAGAACUGCUAAAACAUUAUUUAACUUAGAAUAGUUUUAGUUUACCAUCUAUUCAAAUUUAUUGUUGCUGUUUUAGCUUGUUUUAAUUUACUGCUUUUGUCUGUCUGCAUUAUUAUUAUUUAAUUGUAUUCCUCCCUCCCCCCCCCCCCAGUAUUCUAUAAGACCCUGGGAACAUAACUCUAUGAUGAAGGUGUGGGGUAUAAAUUAUGUCAAUAAUUAUUAUGUUUUUCUGGACAAAGUAGGGAUAUUUAGGACAAAAUUCAAUUGGGGGAAAAAUUAACUGUGACUGUUGAGGCACCAUUUAAUUCAGGAUUAGAAAUGGCAUAAUUUAUAAAAUAUUGAAAAACAAGGGCACGCUACAUGUCACAUGUCAUUCAGGGCUUAAGUAGUGCUAAGGGACUAGCCCUGAAAGCAGUUUCUUUGACAGACUAGUUCUGGAACAUGUAAAAUGAUAUUUUAAUGCUUUGUGCUUAAGGAUAAACUUAACUGCACUGGAACCUAUUUCUCUCAUGUUAUGGCAAGGAUCAAUGUUUCUCCUGCACCCACAAGCUAGCCAGACAGGUAAGUAUUUACCAAUGCACAUGGAAAGUGUAUUUCCCUUACUGUAUAACUGUCUGAGCACAGCUAGCCUCUGUACUUGGAUCUCUGAAAACUGGAGAAGAGCAUGGCAGGCUAUCAGGAAUCUGGAACAAGAGUGCUCCUACUAGGAGAAGAUGCACUGCACUGCAGCAUUUUGUUGCAGGUCCUACCUCUAUCCACUAAUUAUCAACUAGGUGUUCAAGUGUCUAUCAGUCUGGAAGCAAAAAAGAUCAUGUAAAAAAAGGUACUGAUUCUACAUACAUGGGGGACCCCCAGGAGUGUAUGCAUAAAUACAUAAGUUUGUAAAUUAACAGGGGGUAAAUAUAUCUCUACCAAUGCCAAACAACCCAGUGAGGACUGAGCAUGUUGGCUGACACAUUGGUGUUCCUUUGGGAGGAAGGGUAGGAUACAAAUCUAAUUUUAAAAAAACCAAUUUUUUUUUAAAUGUACAUUUUAAAAUGUUUAAAAAUGUACACAAUGCAACAUUACAUUGCUAUUUCCUGAAUUGCGUUUCCCAUGCAAGCACUUUGAAUUACACGCACUAGAGGCUUGGGGAAGCCUAUGGUAGCAUAGACUCAAAUCUCCUACACCCGAAAGGCAGCAACAGGAUUAGGGCUGGCUGAAGACAUUUCUUGGCUGUGGGUGCCAUUUUGCUCUCUCUCUGACACUCCACAGACACACCCUUAGAGGGGAAUGAGGCUCAGUAGGAUUAGUGGCAGGAUGCUGUGUAAUAUAUUGGUGCUCUCCCUGGUCCCCGCGCCCAGGGAAGUUGUCUGAGGGGAUGCCAAUGAUGAUGAUGAUGAUGGCGGAGUCGCCGCCUGCCUUCAACCUCCACCAGCGCCCUCGCCCACCGAAUUCUCCUGACGACAUAGGCACGUGCUGGCGGGGGAGGCCCGGCGUGAGGUGAGUUUGAAAUCCAACGGACAACCGCCGUCCGCGGACGAAAGCCGCCGGGAAGCGGAAACGGCUGUUUGCCUGCCGGAGCUCGCCGCUUUCAGGGCGGGGAAGAGACCGCUCAGCCCGCAACUUUUGAAGGCGCCGAGGCCGCUCGCGAACACGCAAACUUUUCGCACGCGAAAGGGAUCUUGUGGGCGGCUCCCCAGCGGCCUCUCUCCCUGGCUCCGGCUCCCUCCUAGAAGCCCAUGGGCUUCUCGUACUUCGCGGAGGCCGAGGCCUCGUGGAAGGCGAGGGGCGACUUAAACCUCAGUUUGCCCGCCCCGGGCCCCGGCCGCCGGACCUACAUUUCGAUGCGCCAUAACCAUGACGACGACGCCGAUUUGUAUUACGACAGCUACCACCUCAUCGCGAAGAAGCGGCCGAUGAUUGUGCUCGUGGUUUUUAUGAGCUUCCUCUUGGGAGGUAGGGCUAGUGGCUGCUGAGUUGCAUUAGCUCGCGCGAGUGCAAGAAGCAGCCACGUUAGGCACUCUUAUGAGUGGGUCCGUACGAUAAGCUUGUGAAAACGCAGACUCCCCCCCCCCCCAAAAAAAACAACCGUAUAACAUAAGACAACUUGGUAUUGUGGAGUGCCAAGCACACGGAUAACAUUUAGUAAAUGCUAGUUAGAAUUGCUAAAGGUUUGCAUGUUGACUAUCAUGGAUGCUUAAUUGGACGCCUAAAUAAUAACCCCCGCAAGGUGCAUUUUCUUUUCCUGCUGCUUUAAUGCAAUCGGAGGCCCUCUGAAUAACACCUGCAGGGAAACACAAGUCUAGAGCAGAAGGUCCUGCUUGUGAGCUUAUAGGGAUCUAAUUCUAGUUAACUGGACCAGGUGGGCCACUGACCUGAAGCAGAAGGUCUCUUCCUAUGUUAGUACCACAAGCUACCUUGUGGGAUAACUAAAAUGAAAAGUGGAGUAAAUAUUUUACAUAAAAUACCCAGCUGCAGGCGACUUUCCAUAGUGGAACCUCUCACUCUGUUUUUUGUGUAAGGCCCCCAUGCCAUAAAUUGGUACCAACUUGAAUUAAAUAUUGGGGGGAGCUAGGUCCUGCCCUGCAUAAUCGAUCACACGACACAGUGCAUGCACACCAUUUGAAUGGCAUUGCCCAUCAACUUUUUGGGGGCAGCCCUCCAAUAUUUUAUUGAAUACCCCUUGGACCCUAGUAGUUGGUUCCUUUGGAUAUGCUGCUGCUACUACAUGCUGAUCCUAACCUGAAGAAACCACUAGGCCACAUAUCUUGCCUUCCAGUUAUUGUUAGACUACCGCUCUCUUCAUUCCCUGAACAUGAACUAUACUGGCUGGGGCUGAUUGGAGUGGGAAUCGAACAACACCAGGGGGUCACAGGUUCCCUUUUUUCUGCUCUACACUUUGAUUAUUUGGGGGAUUUAUAAGCCUUACUGACAAGGACAGCUUCCCUUAAACUCGUCUCUAGAAAUAUUAAAAACUACAGAGAUGUAUCUACUCCUCCAAAGCCCUGAAGACACAAAACUUAGCAAAUCUUGUGAAAUAUCCUUAGGACACAAAAGGUACCUGGACAUCCAUGCAGUCUUAACACUUAGCAAAGAUUUCCCUAGAAUUGCAUUUUUAAAACCAAUGAAGUCAAAUGUCAAAGCAUAAACAAAUUUAUUUGGGGAAAUUGAGAAAAGUGGGAGGCAGCAAUCAGAUUUGCAAAUAAAACCACUAAAGUACAUAUAAUUUAGCUUAUUACAUAUUACCUGCUUGAGCAGUCUUGGGUGGCCUUGCAAAACAGAGGUUAUGAGAGAGACCAUCUCUGGCUACCUGGCUGGAUGGUUCCAAGAAGCAAAUACAGUGGUGCCCUGCAAGAUGAAUGCCUCGCAAGACGAAAAACUCGCUAGACGAAAGAGUUUUCCGUUUUUUGAGUCGUUCCGCAAGACGAAUUUCCCUAUGGGCUUGCUUCGCAAGACGAAACUUCUUGCGAGUUUGUUUCCUUUUUCUUAAAGCCGCUAAGCCGUUAAUAGCCGCUAAGCCGCUAAUAGCCGCUAAUCCGCUAAUAGCUGUGCUUCGCAAGACGAAAAAACCGCAAGACGAAGAGACUCGCGGAACGGAUUAAUUUCGUCUUGCGAGGCACCACUGUACAGAGGUGAUGCUUGUUGCUUUAUCCGGUAGUGAGAGCAGUUACAUCUCUGAUGUGAGUUAGAUAGCCAACCAUAAAUUUCUCUAAAUGAUUCUGGAUUUAUAAUAUAAGAAAAUUAACCUCAACUUAUUGGAACUAGAUAUGUUAAAAAGGAAUGAGAGAGACUAGCUUCUUUUUCACAUAAUCCACCUCCCAUUAUGAACACUUUAUUACAGUUGUCAUGUAUUUUUUAGAAAUAGGUUUAGAAACCACUAAAGAUUUAGGAAUAUCACAGUUUGAUUGAAGAAGGGCUUCCUUGCGGUGUGACCCAAUCAUUUAUGGAAUGCUAAUUGUAUAUCGUUAGAUAUUGUUUCAUUAUUUUUUAGAGGUUUUCCGCAUAGUUUUGAGUCUUAUUUUUAUAGUGUACAUUGCUUCAAUUAUUUCAGGCAGUAAAGUGGUUUAUAAAUUUAUAUAAUAAAAAUAAUAGCAGUGUACUAAAAAAUUAAAAGAUGGCAGUUAGCUAGUAAUUAAAAUAAUUAAGUGCCCCAGGCCAUCAACCUACUAUAACUAUUCACUUUAAAAAUAUUAAACAUAAACAAUAAUGCCAUUUAUACUCAGAAAUAUGAGUGAAGGAAUGAAGGGUUAUUCAUAUGAACUGGAUUAAACACAAUUCCCUUAAUAGUCACACAUUUUUAUAUACGUUUGCCGUAUCACAUCAGGUAAUCUAUCCAGUUACUGAGAAUUUGAAUGCCAAACCAUCUGAAGAAGACAAACUGCUUUUAAACUUUCUUGCCAUAUUACAGAGAAUAUUGUGUUCUGUGUUUGAAAGCAUCAUCAUCAUAACUCAGUUGAAAUAUCUGCAGCUGCAUAGAAAGCCCUUAAAUGCUACUCAUGACUCAGGAUGUAAUAAGAGUCUCAUUAUUGAAUUAGAACUUUGCAUUUAUAUGAGAGCUAAACUAUUAUUUGCAUAUACUCUUUAUUUUAGCAGUUUAGAAUGGGUGAAUGAAUGGGAUCUUUUAGCAUCUAAUACACUAUUUCUUAAACUGUAUUUUAAUGGUGAAAAUAGUUACAUCUAAAUACUAUUCCUUUAAAAAUGAGUUUGUUGCAAUAAAUGGAGAAAUUCUCUUUCCCUCUAUAGAAGUGACUCAAAUUAUGAUUUAUUCAUUAUUUUAAUCUUUAUAGUAGAAUUCAGUCACAAAGAAGAAAGCAAUCCAAUAAAUAUUAUGGCAUUAUGACACAUCCCUUUGUGCAAUAUAAUUAACAAAAAUGUCUCUUAAUAAUAUUUUAUGUGCAAUUUAUAUCUGUAUCCUUAUACAUCAAACAAUGGCUUAUUACUUUAAUGGUAGUCCGUAACAAAUAUGUUUAUAUAAUUAUACAGAAUUACAUUAGAAUAUAAAUAUGGUCAUGAUUCAGCCAAAUUAAAGUCCCAUUAAUUUCAAUAGGUGAUUUAAGAAGUGUUUACUUCCCACUGAAAUCAAUGGGAUAAAAAUGCUUUUCCUAGACAGAUCAUACUCUAAAUAUUAUAAUUGUACAGAAUUAAAAAUAAAAUAACUACAGGCAUAUUACUUCCCCAAAAAGUUUCUAUAUUUCUUUAAGAAGCAAUAUACUUUAAAAAAAAAUGACAAGGUAUACAGCUCUCAUCUCUAGUAUAAAUUGUUAUGCAAUUACCGGUACUUUAAUGCUAUUGUGAAAUAUUCUCCUCUUUCUAGAGUUUGAUAAGGUUCGGGACAGCUUUUACAGAAGACAAAAGUCCUCCAGACAUAUUGUCUUUGUAAUAUUGUAUUUAUUGAUAAAUCCAUUGCUUUUCAGACACUGGGGGCGGGGGCAUAGAAACAAGUGCACGGGCAGGCAAUAUUUGUCCCAAAGCACUUUCUGAACUCUAAAAGACCCAAACUGUUUUUACCUCCAAAACCUUUAAUUACUAGAUGAGAUUAGAUAAUUUUUUUUAUCAAAUAUAUCUUUAUUUUAAUACUACUGUGUGUGUGUGUGUGUGUGUGUGUGUGUGUGUAUUCUGUCAAUUUAUAUCGUAUUUUUCAACAAGUGUCCUCAAAACAACUGGCAAAUUUAUAAAACACAACAGAGACACUAAGAUUUAGAUUUUAUAAAUCUCAAUUUGACUUUUGGAUUAGACGAUACAAAGUUAUUACAACCCCCCCUAGAGGGGUUUCGGGAUAUUACAAGAACGGUCGUAAGUGGAAAAAUACCCUGGGAUUCGCACAGGACUUGUUAUCUUCUGGGAAAGCUGCAAAACUGAAAGAGUAUUUUGUCUACAGAGGAAGACAAUGGAAUUUUUAUUGAAGAAAGGAAGGGACUGGACGUAAGUUUUUGUUCCUGAAUAACAAACCUCUGCAGAGACACUAGAUUUCUGAAUUAGAAAGUUUUAGCAGCUGAACAGGACAAGAAACCUGAGAAAGUGAGGAAUAAGAAGAAUAAAGGACUGAUUACGACACGGAAAGAACAACGGGAGGAGUGGUAAAGAUCAAGGAAAUUAAAGGCCUUUGUUAGAUUGGACAUUUGAAGUCAAAUAUUAUUUAAAUUAAUAAACUAAAAGAAAACCGGCAAGAUGGAAUCGGGAGAAAUCUGGUCAUGAAAUGAGACUUCCAAGCUGAUAAUGUAUAGACUGAUGGACAUGGGGAAUUCAAACCGGGAAGGGGGAGAUUUGAAAUCCAAAGGCUGUGUAACCAUUUUUUGAAUUUUUCUAUAUCUCUUAUUUUCUAUUUCUUUACAUAACUUACGCAUGUUAUUUUAUUUUGAUCGGACGUGUUUAAAAAAAAAGGGAAUUUGUGGAAGGAACUGGGGUGGAUCUUGGGGAAAAUCUUUUUUCUUUUUCUGUUAAUGAUGUGGGACGGUGGUAAGAUUCGUACAAUUCAAUCUGGAUAGUGGGUUAAACAAAUUAAGCUUUAAAUUGGGAGUGAGAGCUUGUAGAACCAAAUUAAGGAAAGGGGAAUACAAUUGGCGGAGGGGGAGUCCCAGAAAGUAGGGAAUGAAAGUAAGGUUUUUAAAUAUCUUUUUUCUUUUGUCUUUUUUCUUUGUAUUUUUAUAUUUUUGGAAAUUUUAAUAAAUAUGAUUUAAAAAAAAAAAUAGAUUUUAUAAAUCUCUAAUUUACUUGUAAUUUUAGUGAUAGGAUUUUGAUGAAGACUUUCUUUAUGUCUACAGGCAUGUUCAGUAGUUUAAACAUUUAAGAUAAGUCAGUAAUUUUUAUGAUUGUUCAGUGUUGUGUUUAAUACUAUUUUAUUAUUUUGUAAAAAAAAUUGUGUUCAGCUGAUAGUUUUCAUUUUAUUUAUAGAAAUGUUGAUAAACAUUUUUAUAAAGAAACAUUGAAUUAAUAAAACUAUAGUUAUUUACUGACAUUCUUGAAAUUAUGUAACAGUAGUAUUGAUUACAUUUGUAAUAUAUUUUUUCCCUCAGCCCUGUUACGAACAGUUAUCAAAGAAGUAAAAAUUCCUAUUCUGGUAAUUGUAUGUUUAGUAGGAACUGGCAUUGGAACAAUACCCCAUUUUUCAGCUCAGGUAAUGGAGAACUAUUAGUUUCCCCCAUUUCAAUAACUAAUAAGGGAAUAGAUUUUACUGAUAUUUUGUAAACGAAGUGCUGUUGCAGACACAGUAGGUUGAGGAGGAGGCAGAAGGAGAGAGGAAAUUCAAUUCCAUCUCUGCUCUCCCUGCAUGUCUCUGACACCAGGUCUUUAUGCAAAUUGUCUCCACAUUACUAGCCUACAGAGGACAACAGUAGUUGCUGUUGCCAGUUUAGCAUUUUGAGGUUCUCUAGGCAAGGUGGAUUUGUGGACCCCUCUUCAAGUUGCUUUCUUGAAGAUGAGCCAGUGGGUUCUGCCACUUCAAAGCCAUUCAGCUUGGGAAAUACCCAGAUUGAAAAGCGUUUGCUACUGAAAGAAGUGGCAGAGCAAAAUAUAUGGGUUUUCAGGGGAGAGGGUUUGGGGAGAGAUCUGAAAUUUGGAAAUGAGCUUGGAAGAAACAGGCUUCUUGCAUAUAUUUUAAGGAAAAAGCAUGGUAUGCCAAGCCCAAUUCCAACUUGAGCCAAGGACUCAUCAUUUUAAAAAUGUUUCAAACAUCAUUGUUUCUGUAAAAAUUAACUUGUAGAUUGUUUUACCAGAGGGCACUAAGAGCUACUGCACAAGGGUAAAGUUUCAGACACCCAGCUUCCCAUCUAACACUGGAUCCGACUCUACAAUUUAGGAGGUCCUCCUCCCAGUGGCAAGGCUAGCCGCUCAGGUGCCCAGGGCAGUGCGCGUGCCCUGCAGCCGGGGACAGAGCGAGCCGCCCAUGGGGCGGAGCAAGCCAAGGCAAGGUGUGCUGCAUGGAGCCUCUCCGCAGUCUCCUCCUCAGCUGUAGGGCAGCUGAGGUGGUGGGCAGAUGCAAGUCCCGUGCUGCUCAAAAAAGCAGCACGGAGCUUGCAGGCAGUCCGCCCACCGCCUCCCCCUCAGGAGAGAUGAGUGGCUCAGGCAUGCUGCAGACCCCGCAGUGUGACGUCCAUUGCCCCGUGCCUCACCUAGCUACACCUAAGUGUGGUUCUCCAAACUCUUCUCCCUCAACUCCCCGAGCCAUCCCCCCAUUGCUCUUGCUCCCUACCAUAGGAGCCAGCGGCUAGACUGUGGCUGGACGUAUGCUGAUGGUGGAAAGAAGAAUGCAGCCCACUUAUGGAGAGGGGAAGAAAUGGGGCCAGAUGGUGGGUUUCUGGCUUAUUGCAGAGAUUCAAAAGUUGCUUUUUAGGGCAGCAAGCCUCCAAAGGCAGCUUCCACCAUGCAGUCAUAAAACCCAGAGCAACCCAGACCUAGCAAAAAGUAUUAACUCACUCCCACACCACCCUCGACAAUACAGUGGUACCUUGGGUUACAGACGCUUCAGGUUACAGACUCUGCUAACCCAGAAAUAGUACCUCGGGUUAAGAACUUUGCUUCAGGAUGAGAACAGAAAUCACGUGAUGGCAGUGCGACGGCAUCAGGAAGCCCCAUUAGCUAAAGUGGUGCCUCAGGUUAAGAACAGUUUCAGGUUAAGAACGGACCUCCAGAACAAAUUACCGUAUUUUUUGCUCUAUAAGACUCACUUUUUCUCUCCUAAAAAGUAAGGGGGAAUUGUGUGUGCGUCUUAUGGAGCAAAUGCAGGCUGUGCAGCUAUCCCAGAAGCCAGAACAGCAAGAGGGAUUGCUGCUUUCACUGCGCAGUGAUCCCUCUUGCUGUUCUGGCUUCUGAGAUUCAGAAUUUUUUUUUCUUGUUUUCCUCCUCCAAAAACUAGGUGCGUCUUGUGGUCUGGUGCGUCUUUUAGAGCGAAAAAUACGGUAAGUUCUUAACCUGAGGUACCACUGUACCUGUUCCAAGCAGCCUCAGCCCAUUUCAACCCAAUCAAGCCUUGGAAACCUUCCAGGCAGCUAAAACCUGGCAGGAAGAUCCCCUCCUGGCUUCCAGGGGUAGCCUCGCUCUCUGCCUGGCUGCCCGCGCUGGGACUCUCCCAGUUCCUGCAGAGGGAAGUGGCUUUCCUCCACAGAUACUUACUGUGCCAAAGUGAGCAGGCAAGGAAGACGGAGAGGAGGAGGCAGCCUAGGCAAAUUCAUGGAGGAGAGGGCUGUCGAAGGCUACUAGCCAUAAGGGCUGUGCUCUUGCCUGCAAAGUUGGAGGCAGCCAUGCUUCUGGUUUCUGGAAAUCACUGGAGGGAGAGUGCUCCUGCAGUGGCAUAGGUAGGGGCGUGCGGUGGGGGCGGAAGUUGUUUUUUGUCACCCUCAGCGAUGACACCUGGGGUGGCCCAUACCCCCCUUUCUAGGCCACUGCCUCCUCCUUUGCUGUUCUCCUUGUACAGAAGAAAUCUAGGUACUCUUUCUCCACUCCCUCUGAUCAUAUGCUUGGGCGGGGAAGAAAUAUGUAAAAUAAUAUAGAAGUAUUCACAGUUAACAAUUCCUUGUGUUCAUUUUGUGUUGCCAGAUUCCUAUUGUGAAGAGCAUUGCAGAUAUAGAUCCUGUACUUUUCCUUCAUUUGUUUACACCAGUUAUAAUAUUUACAGCUGCAUUUGAGAUGGAUUUUUAUAUAUUUCGAAAAUCAUUUUGGCAGGUCAGACAUAUAUACAAUUUUCUGUUUAGAAAUUUACUUUAAACUUCAAAUUAAGGAUAUAGUUGCAUAUUGCACACAAAUGUGUCCAAUCAAACCCCAAAGUAAUAUUUUCCAGGAAAAUAGUUUUGUUUAAAACACAUCCAGUUCAUAUUUAAAGCAUUUGACCUCCCCCAAGCAAUCCUGGGAACUGUAGUUUGCUAAGGAUACUGGGAACUGUAGCUCUGUGAAUGGGAAACUAUAAUUCUCAGGAUUCUUUGGGGGAAGUCUUGGGCAUUAAAUGUAUGUUGGAUGUAUGUGUGUGCGUAAUUUGCAGUGAGAAAAUGAAAGGCACCAACAAUUGGACAAGAAUGCUCCGAGUAAAACUUAGUUGGCUAUCACCCUACAAGUACCUUUUUUACAUUUUCAUUAAUAUGAGCUGAUUGACUGUCAUGUCAUAUAUAGCACUGUGUCAUUAAAUCUCCAGCCUUAUCCACCUGAGUUUAAUGUAAUUUUAUUUUGCAAAUGAUUGAUACACACACACAUAUAUUGUCAUUGCAGGUGUUAAUUCUUGCAGUUCCUGGAUUUUUGAUGAAUUGUGCUUUCCUUGGAUGGUUAACUUAUAAAAUUAAUAAGUAUAAUUGGUCCUGGGAUGAUAGCAUGCUAUUUGGAAUAAUUCUUAGCACAACAGACCCUAUCCUUUCUGUGGCUUCUGUAAGAAACAUUGGUAGGUAUUUACACUGAUUUUUCUGAUAAGCUGAAUUCAUUAUAAUACUUGAAUGUGGAGUGUACUGUUUACAAUAUAGCUUCACAGAGCUUACUUAAUUGAUAAUUAACUGUAGUCUGUAACAAACAAAUGUGAAGUGAUAUGGACAGUUUAGGGACACGUUAAAUAAAAUUACCAUAUUUUUUGCUCUAUAAGACUCACUUUUUUCCUUCUAAAAAGUAAGGGGAAAUGUGUGUGCAUCUUAUGGAGCGGAUGCAGGCUGCGCAGCUAUCCCAGAAGCCAGAACAGCGAGAGGGAUUGCUGCUUCCACUGCGCAGUGAUCCCUCUUGCUGUUCUGGCUUCUGAGAUUCAGAAUUUUUUUUUCUUGUUUUCCUCCUCCAAAAACGAGGUGCGUCUUGUGGUCUAGUACGUGUUAUAAAGCGAAAAAUACGGUAGAAUUAUUGAGGCUAGAGUUAGAAGUCAUUUUGGCUGUCCUGAGUGAACUCUUUCAAAUGCGUAUACAUUUAUGUGGCAGUACAUUGUUAACUGUGCUUGCUCAGGCUUGCUCACAUCUGAAAAACUGUUUCUCCCUUGUAAAGUAUUCAGCAGGGGAGCAACAAAGAUGACACCAGAGUAUUUGCAGAAAUAAAGUUUUAUUUGAGGAAAUAAAAUGCGACAAUUUGAAAAUAGAACAAUUAGCUGUAGAAUGCUAUCUCAGAGAAAGAAGUGGGAUUGACUGUUAAGUGGAAUGGUGGUGAGCUAAUGUAUGUUUUGCAAUGAUGUUUCAACAUUUGGGUUAAAAGGAAAGGGGUUGAAGUGGCAAAUGCUUCAAAGCUGGCAAAAAAGAAAAAUAGAAUGAUAUUUCCCCUUCCAUAUGAUCUGUACAAAAACCAGUACUUGAAGAGGAUGAACAACCAGCUAUGUAGCUUUGUAUUUAUGGAAUUAAUGUUGAGUUGUCAAUUGUGUCACUAUAAUGUUAAAUAUACAUUAAAUUUUGACUGAGGAUACAGUUUCAAGCAUCUUAGGGGAUUCAUCUAAGAUAUUAUCCCCUAAUGGAGUCAGGUUUGAUUUGAACAUAACAGCAAACUAUGGUUUGUCAAGCAGGCAUGUGAGUGAUUUGUGCUCUCCCUUCUCUUCCUUGCUCCUUACCUUUGUGUGCAGGGAAGACUUGAGAAGCUUCCAUUCCCAUUUGGACAAUUGUUUUGCACAAACCUGAAUCAGUGAUUGGUUGUAAAUUGAUUGGAGUCUUCUCCACUGUUGGAAGCAUACUACCUCCAAAUAACUGUUGCUGGGAUGGGAUUCGUUGUAUAGCAUAGUGCAGGCUUCCUCAACCUUGGCUCUCCAGAUUUUUGAGACUACAGUUCCCAUCAUCCCUGACCACUGGUCCUGCUAGCUAGGGAUCAUGGGAGUUGUAGGCCAAAAACAUCUGAGGUCCGAGGUUGAGGAAGCCUGGCAUAGUGCCAUGCAUGGAUUUGCAUGCUUCCCAUAGGCAUCUCUUUGGCCACUGUGAGAGUAGGAUGUUGGACUAAAUGGGCCUUUAGUUUGGUUUCGCACAGCUCUCCUUACACAGGAAUAAUAAGACAGAUUGCACAAGUGAAAGGCUUAUACCUGAUCAUUACCAGUGUUCCAAACUUUGGUUUGUAGGAUAAUCUGAAGGCAGACAGACCCUUCUCAUAUUUUUAAGGUACAGUAAUACCUUGGUUCUUGAAUGGCUUAGUUGCCGAACAAAUCGACUCCCAAAUACCGCAAACCCGGAAGUAAGUGUUCUGGUUUGCGAAUGUUUUUCAAAAGCUGAACAUCCGAUGUAGCUUCCACUUGAGCGCAGGAGGCUCCUGCAACCAAUCAGAAGCUGCACCUUGGUUUUCAAAUGGUUUCGAGAGUCAAACGGACUCCUGGAACAAAUUAAGUUCGGGAACCGGUACCAUGGUAUUUUGUUUCACUUGAAAUAUAAUUUUUAGCAUAAAGUGAAGCAGAAUGGAGCAAUAUUGGAAAGAAGAGAAGACAAAAUCAUCUAGUUUGCAAGUUCUUUUAUUUUCAUAAUUCUCACAAAAUGAUUUUAUAUGGGAGUAUGUUGAGGCCAUUCUUUCUCUUGAUUAAAAAAGUAUGCAAAGUUUAUAUUGUGCAACAAAGAGAUGCAAGGCCUGGUUAUAAGUAAAACAACAGUGUAAAUAAUACACUAUUUGACUGUAAUUUAAAAUAAUUAAGCUGUCAGAUUUGCACUGUUUAAGAAAUUUAAGAAGUAAAGUUGAUUCGAAUCAGUCUUUUUCGUGGCUGAUAUAAACUGUCAUGAUUUAAAUAUAUUCACUCUUGGAGAAACAGGAAACACGGGAGGAUACAAAAUCAAGCUUCUUCCUCUUGAACAGCUGAUGAACAUACUGCAUAUUAUUUGCCUGAGGAAUCUAUUUUUGUGAAGCUGCUGAAUCAAAGUGCUAUUGUAAAUGGCUUAAAUCUUUGCAUUCCACCUUUAUUAUCCGGUUCUACUUCAUAGCCACCAUCUCUGCAAGGUUUUUGAAUGGAAGGAUGAUGGGAACUGUGGGAGCUUUAGAAUGGCUGCAUGUGUAUAUGCAGACUUAACGGUGAAGUGUUAAUGGGAAUUGUAUGGAGAGAAUCAGAGCACUUUUCCUUCAUUGUUUGAGAAGAAUAUAUGCACUAAAAACAAGCAUAUCUUAAUCAUGUGAUUUUGAUUCCCCCAUUUCUUAUGGGUCUUGUUAUAGUAUCUUUCCACCUAAGAAGCAAAAAUAAAAAAGAACUUGUUCAUUUUGUUAUCUUCCCCCCUUUUUUCAGGGCUUUCAAAAAUAGUUGUCAACUUAAUAAAAGGCGAGUCUUUGUUUAAUGAUGCUACAACAGUAAUAAUUUUUGAGUUAUAUAGGGAUCUUGCAAAACAAACUCACCAAGAAUUGAGUAAGUAUAUUAUGUCCUGUAUUUCCCCCCCCUCAUAAAAAUACAAUCCAUAUUACGCCACAAGCCUUAUUUUUAACUGUUGAGAUCUAGGGCAUGCAAGCUGAAAAAGAAACAUGAGAGGCACAGUCACGUCACUAGCGGGUCCACCCCACAAAAAGGGUUGUCUGCUGUAUCAGUCCCAUCCUCACUCUGGUAGCUCUGCUGUCAUAGCAGUUCCUCAGGUGGUGGAUGGCAAGGCGAAGAAAGGGGUAGGUGUUGUGCAGCCUUGGAUCCAUCAGAGCUUCCCAGGAUGUGGAUAGAUAACAUCAGAUAGAGCAACACAAAUGCUUGAAGGAUAUGGCACAAGACAGUAUUACUAGGGGGAAGAAAUACAUCAAGCUGGGUUGUAGGGUAUUUUGUUGAAAAAUAAGUACUUUGGGAGUCAGUUUGUUGUCUCAAGUUUUACGAAAUAUGGAGGUGUUGCUAUUGUUUGAAAGCUGGCUUACGUUUUGAAGUUAACACCCUGCUCAGGAAAGACCUAAAAGAAGGAUAAGAUUUUAUUUAAGGCAUUUUAGAGGGACAGAAGAUGUCCCAAAUAUGAGACUAUUGCUGUCAGUCUAGCAGUGGAGAUUGACUCUAUCAUUGUAAAGUUGAUAUCAGGCAGGCAGGUAAUGAUUACAGAGAAGAUGAUGCUUGUUAGGACAAGCUGAGUAAAAGGCUUAUCUGCAGAAGUGAUAGUUCCAGCUUCUACUUCUCACUGAGUAAGCCUCCUCCAUUAAAGUUACACAUGUGCACCAAUGCAUCGGCUUCUUGCUGGACGGUCUGUAAGGACCUUGGCACUUACCACCAUAUAUGGUGGUUUUACCCUAAAUUGUUGAUUUGGGGGAAGGUAUCUUCCUGGAAAAAAAUAAGGUCACUGAACAAAAUUUAAUAUAGACCCCAGAAUUGGCAGUGCUAAAGAAUGUGGUCAUGCAGUAAGUCCUUGAUUUUAUGCCUUUUGAUGGCAGCACUGCUUAAAACAUCUAAGCAGAGAAUAUAUUUAGAAGGAACUACAAUGGAGUACAGUAACUAUAACUAUAAAGUGUAGUACCUAGCGUUGAUCGAGAAACUGACACAAAAGCUCAAAGUCAGUCAUUAGAAGUCAAGUAAAAGCAUACUUUCAUCACAAAUUAGUACGAUUUUCUUAGUUUUACACAUACGUAUCAGCUGGAGCAUAACAGAGGUCCACCAACGCAAUAUCCAAAGACUUGGAAUUCCUGAAACUGGUCCAAACACUGGCUUUUCCUUUUCAAGUAAAUUCCCAAGGCUGGACUUGCACAGGAUCUAUGAACAGGACAGACAAUUCAUUUGAAAGCUGUUAACAUUUUCAGCUGGAAUAUUCUGUCUCUCAGAUCUAUUGUAUGGGGUUAUGGUUGGGUUUUUAAAAAUUUACUACUACUAUUGCAUUUUGCUCUUUUUUUCUUGUCUAAAAUAUAAAAUCAUAAUUAUUUAUAUAUAGAUAUAUAUGAAAAAUAAGUGUAUAAUUAUAAAAGUUUCCUGAAUAGAUUCUGUGCAUCCAUAGACCUAAUAUGUAUGACUGCAUAGAUGACUGUUGAAAAAACAACACCAAGAGUUGCAUGUAAGCAACCUGUUCUUCUGGGUUCCAAGGAAGAAGAGGGUUCAGGGUACAAUCAGUUAGCAUCAUUAGUUAUAAUUAUCUUUAAAUUAACUACUGGAAAGCAGAUUGUAAAUAACUAUUUUCUUUUUACCUUUUACAGUUAAAGAAAUUUUUAUAAAGUUGAUUUUAAAAUUUUUUGCAAGCACUGCUUUGGGAUUUUUUACUUCAAGAUUAGUUAGUUAUUGGUUGCAACAUAUUUUCAAUGAUGGAGUAGUUGAAAUAAUUCUAAGCUUCUCAAUGGCAUACAUUAUUUUCUUCAUCGGUAAGUUAAACGUCUUUGUCAAAUGUGAUGCAUUUGAAACAGUUGUGCUUAAUCAUUAAUAAAACUAAAUAAUAGUGGUUUUUUAAAAUAACAAUUCCCUAUUUUUUCUAUCCUUAGCUGAAUGGCUUGGAAUGUCUGGAGUUAUUGCUAUUUGUAUUUUGGGCCUUCUUUUAGAUACUGUAAGCUUUAGUCCAGGAUUGGAUAUAUUUCUUUAUAAGUAAGUGCUCAUAAGUAAGUGUUUAUCUUUAAAUUUCAGUUUGAAUCAUUUUGAAAAUUUCUGUGGUAGCUAAAUGUAUCCCAUUUACAUAUUGUGUAAGGAAUGUGAACUAAUAGGAUUGAAGUCCUUGUAGAAGAUUUAAAAGUGCCUUGUAGAAGCACUUUAAGUAUUCAAUGCAUAAAAUUUCUAUUGUUAACCAGAUUCUCAGUGACAAAUGGUACUUAAGCACUGGUAGACUUGAAAUAGCUACAAGAGGUAAUUGAUUAAUAAAGUUUUUUUUGGCUUUGAAUAAUAUUUUUUUAAAUGUACGUAGUAUAAAUAAAGCAUGGUGGUUGGUUGAGUAACAACUGACUGGUUUAUUAACACAGAAGUAACAUUUCCUGUCAGAUCUUUCAAUGAUUUGAAUACGCAACUAGACAUGAAACAGGAGAUCUGUCGUCAGCAUUUAGUAGUUUAAAGAAGGAAAUGCAACCCUGGGGGACAUAAAAUUGGAUUUGAACUAUACCAUUAGGAAGGUCUUUUUUGUCUUUUGCAAUGUGAACAUUUGAUUUUAAAAUGUUAUAACUACAAUAAUAUAGAAUAAUAUUAUAAAUGCACAUUGUGUAUUCUGUAUUAAGAGCCUGUGAGUUACAUUGUGAUUAAGACUUGUAGUUUUACCCUUCUGAAAGUCUAUGUUCUUUCACAGUGAUAUAUGGCCAGACUCAACAGCCCCAACUGGUAAACACUUAGAUCAAAUUGUAACCAAUUUUAUUGCAAAAGGAACCUGUACAUGUUUAUAUCAAGUCUAAUACCUUAUAUUUUAGCUACCAAACUACUCAUUAAUAUAAAUAAAUAUACAGGCAAAGAAUCUGUAGUUUCCUUUCCCUUCUGAGUUCAAAUGGUAGAUAGAAAAAAUACAAAUCCCAUGUUCAUUGGCCAUUUCCUGUUGAGUAUUGGAUUGCAUUUCCUCUGGCUCUCAACUGAGUUUGAGAGGUAGAGCAAACUACAAAUAUCAUGUUACCUGCUAGGAAACACUCUCUCUCUCUCUCUCUGUGUGUGUGUGUGUGUGCGCGCGCGGUUUUGCCUAUCUCUAGUUUCAGCUUGUUUUGUGGAAUUCUAAUCCAAAAUAUAAUCUAAAAAAUUGUGUUUGACCAAAUAUUCACUGUGUUAAAUGCUUUGAAAGUUUUGUAAGAAACUGAUUUUGAGGUUGGGGUGAGGGGAGAAUGCUUUUGUACUUUAUAUACCGCAAAGAAUUAUAGCUUUGCUAAUAGUCAGCCCCCCUUAGCAUGGUUUAACACAUUUUUUUUUAAACAGGUUCUGGUCAAUGUUGACCUUUUUGGCUCACAUCAUGAUAUUCCUUAUAACGGGAAUUGUGUUGGCUCAGAAGGCAUUUCCAUUUUUUAAUUCUCGUGCUAUUUUUUAUAUUAUAACAGUCUACCUUUCAUUAAAUCUUACAAGGUAAGAAUUGUUUAAUUUUCCUUAUUGUAUUGAUGUUUUCUGCCAAUUCACAAAGCUCACUGUUAAUAUUCUUCAGACUGCAAUCCAAAUGCAUUUAACUGGGAGUAAGCUACACUGAAUUCACUAGGACUUACUUUUUAUGCAUGUAUAGGAUGGUAGAUUAUAUAUUAUUUUCCAAAAUUCUUAAGUUCAAGGCACACAUGCUCUCACAAGUAACUGCAUGGGAGCCAUGAAGAACAUAAAUAGGUCCUUAUACUUACCAGAACUUCUAGUAUUGGUGCCUCUGAACCUAUUACCCAGUUUGCAGUAUGAAUUUGGCAUAGUUUUGAAAACACACUUUUAUUCGAAACUUAUUCCAAACCAGGCCAUCAUCACGCUUCUUUAACAGUUUGGAUUGCAAUCUGCUUUGUGAAGAGCUCAUUCUACCAGACCACCUGGUUGCUUCUACUUCUGUGAUUGUAGCAGCAAGGAGGGAUUCUCAUCCUUGCCACCUUGAGCCCCUUUGGAGGAAGGUUGGAAUAUACAUUGGAAUAUACACCCUCUUUUCCUGGUGCUUUGAACAUUCCUGGUGUGAUUGACAUUCAUAUGCCCUGGCUUAAAGGAUGCUACUGUAGUGGCAUUCCAAGCAAUAGUGAAGGAGAAGAUGAACAAGAAACAGAGAGGCACACCUUCCCUGCUAUUGCUGCUGUUGCCUCCAGAUACUAACUUUGGCAGCUACUAACCUUUAGGCAUUAAGCACUAGAGGACAGCCACUAGUAAGUAAUACUUACAUGUCUGUCUAGAUUUUGUGUAUAUUGUGUAUAUAUAAGACUUUGCACUGAGUGCCACCUGCUUAACCACUUGCCCAUCUGCCUCCCAGAAUUUUAGUGGACAAGCAUUGUAUGAAUGAAAAUUAUCUUAAGGUGGCCCAAGAGCCUUUGCUUCCUUGCUUCCUGAGGAAUAUAAAGUUUGGCUGUUUUAAUAACUUUUUGAAAAUUGUGGCAUUUGUCAAACAGCUAGCCUUAUGAGUAAUGCUUGGAGGUUAGAGGGUGAUAGCCCCUAUACACUAUUUCAGGGCCCUAAUGAUUAGGACAUUAAUGAAACAAGUAAUGUGCGUUGCUGAAUACUGUUGAAGUGAAAAUAUUGGGAACUAAACAUUGGCAAAGAGUUUCUUAAUGCAAAAUAAUUUUGAAGUAGACAAUUUUAUAUGAAUUAGAUGUAGUGGAGGCUGGAACCUGAUUUCUGAAUACUAAAUUUAUUCCCUUUGUGAAAAACAAUUCUGUGCUUUGACUUUAUUGCCAUGGUAAUUCAUAGCUUCUGUGCAAAUUGACGUAUUUCCAAGCUGAAAACAAGAUUUAAAAUCUGCAGUUUCCUGAAAUUAUUACAGUUACCCAAUCAGUACAAAGGAAGACUUCAUAUUUAUUUAUGCAUUUUGGUUUUUAGUAGGUUUGUCUCUUACUUUUUGACUAGAGUAUUCAAAGCAGUUCAUAACAUUUAUAAAAUGCAAUGGUUACAUUGCACAUUUAAAACAAACCACACAUUUCAAAUGAAGUAGGAACAGGAGCAUUUCAUUUUCUGUCUGUGUGCUUCCCUAUCUCCUGGAUUCCUUCUCUUAGGGGAAUUAGUGUUAGAUGGCCCUGUGCUAGGGGAAGGGACAGCCCAGCUGCAGCAGGAGCAGACAUCUGAUGUUCUCUUUGCAUACUUUUGUAAGUUAGAAGAGGGAUACACACUUGUCCCACUAUAUUGCUGAUUGCCUAAGUAUAUGUUAAUAGUUAGGCUCAACACUUUUUGUUCCAGAAGGUGAUUGUUGAAAAUUGACACCAGUUUUAGCCAUGCUCUUAUGACUUAAUUAUUGGUUCCCUAUUAUCCCUGUUGUGAAGUUAAAGAUAUGAAUCCCCACACACCUUGAAAUGUAACACCCAGAAUUUGUGUUAUUUUUAUUUUAAUAGGUUUAAAAUAGGCUUAGAAUAAUGUGGAACAUAUUAAAUAGGUCAGAUUUAAGCUGGAAAAUCUCUUUUACUAUUUAAACUAAUGAAGCAACUUUCUGAACAUACCGAAGGUUUUUUGUUUCUAGCGUUGUCAAAUUUCAUAUUAUAUCGAAAGGAAACAAUAGGGGUGCACCCACCUAACUCAUUGAGCAAGCAGAACGGCUUCUGCUAACACAGUGGAAUUUCACUCCCCCCCUUCUCCCUCCAUGCACCCCAGACCAUAUUUGGAGGCAGAGGGAGAGAAGGGGGAAGUUCUGUUAGAUGAGUGGAAGUUGUCCCACUGAACAGAUUGACUUAGUUUAGGGAUGGGCAAUAUUUUUGGCUUAGGCUGGAUGUUUGUAUUACGCCAUCUCAUGGAUGAAGUUUGGUAGGACAACCCACCUGCCAAUCACAGGUCAUUGUGAUGUCAGAGGUCUAACAGUUGGGAAUUAUGUACAGACCCAACUAUAGCUUAACCGUAGGUUAAUGGGAAUGUGUUCUCUUAUAUCAGAGAUUACUGGUGCUCUACCCCAAAUAAUUCAGGAUGAUUUUAGACAAGAGAGAGUACUUCCAGUUAGUUGCAAAGCAAUUUUUAGAAAAAUAUGUAUAUAUAGAAUGCUGGACUCCCUCAUCUUCUUAAGAGUGUGUAGUGAAAAAACAGAUGGAAUCAGCUCCUCAUGGCAUACAAUUUGAAGCAGUGAUUCCUCAGGUAGUUCUGGAAGUUUAAGCCAUGCUACCAUUAGCCAGGGAAAAAACCCCUGACUAAACUCAUGAUCUGUUAUUUAACCAGGGUAUGCUUUCUUAAAUGUUUGCUUAGUUUGUUAACAUAGUGUUUUAAGAUUUAAAUGCAUUUUUGCAUUUAUUUUUAUUUUAUUCAGGGGUUUGGUUGUUUUUGUGUUGAGCCCUUUUUUGAGUCGUCUUGGCUAUGGAUUUAAUUGGCGUUGGGGAGCUGUUUUGAUUUGGAGCGGAAUGAGGGGCACCUUCACUUUGAACAUGGCUCUUGGAAUUAGCCAAACAGAAAGCAAAACUCCAAAUGAGUUUCAAAUUAAAACCAUGGUAAAGUAAGAUCAUUAUUUUUGGAAAGCAUUAUCAAUUUGUACUAGAAGCCUGCUUGAAAAUCUAUAUAGAAAGAUGUGUUUAUUUCUGAUGCCAUAUUUUCAGUUUAUGUACUCAUAUAGAUAUUGGGAACGUAGGUAUGCCAUUAAUUUUUACAUUAAAGGUAUGCACAACAUAUUACUGAAAGUAUAAUUCUGUAUAUCCAAAGAAAUAAAUAUGCAAUUGUUUGCAUUGAAAAGAGAUUAAAAUCUAAUGCAUAUAAUUGCUAAUCUGUCUUUAACACAGCAGUCGGGAACAUUUUUCAGCCCAGGGUACAAUCUUCUGGGGUUUGCAUGUCUAUGGUAGGUAGGGGCAGAGAUGAAAGUGUGCUGAGCAAUAGAUAUCACUCUUCCCUUUGUAUUCUUACCUACAUGCCAGACACACACAAGUCAGAUGUUUCUGCACCCACAUGCACCUCUAUCCUCCAUCUAGAUGAGCAAAAGGCAUUUUCACAGUUCAAGGACACAUUUUAGCCAGGCAUUUAAACAUAAGGAAGGCCUGCUGGAUCAAGCCAAUGACUCAUCUGGUCCAGCAUCCUGUUCCCAUAGUGGCCACCCAGGGGCAUGUGGGAAACCACAGAUUUUGUAGGUGAGCUUCUUGUCUUUGGGGAAAUUGCAGGGGUUGGCAAAAGCUAUUGAGAGUGAAGAGGGCACAUUCAACCCCUGGGCCUGAGAUUCCCCACUCAUGCUAAAAGAUUGCGUAAUAUUCUUUCCAUUUCUGCCCCUUGCAGUUUGUGGCCUGUUGCAAAAUCUAACUUUCUAGAACUCAGAACUCAGUAUUUUCUUGUUAGGAAAGUCCCCUUAGCACAGUUAGUGUGCCUGUAGAAAUGGUUAUUAUCUGGAAUGUGGUUGAGGGAGUACAAUGAGCACUUAUGGAUUGUGCUUCUGGCAUCACUGGUAAGAUUUGAUACAACUUUGUCUGUCCACAACAGUGCCUUUUGUGACUUUCCUAAUAUACAUAUAUAUUUUACAAGGCAGGUUAAGUGCUUCCUUGCAGUCAAAAAGUUGAGCAUGGAAAGUACUUAUUUUCCUUUUUUGCCUAACAGCAAACCUCCCAGUUAGCUAACAAUAAAAUAAAAUUAACACACAGUAAACAUACCAUUUUUGAAAAAUAAGGAGGCAGUGGUGACUGAAAUAGGUAUUGUGUUCCAGCAAUUGAUCUCUGCUUAGUUAGAACAGGGUUUGUCCUCCCCUGCCUCACCCUGGCAAGGAAGCCAAGGUGAUGUGUGUGUGAGAGAAUGAGUGAGUGAAUAUGUGUAUGUGAUAGACCAAGUGUGUCCAGACAUGCCCAAUGGUGCUUGGCCCCUGAGUGCAUUGCUGCAUUGGCCCUUGGGAGUAAAAAGUUUGCCCACUCCUGCAAUGCCCAAUACAGAAAAAACUGUGAUGGAAUCCCCAGUGUUGUGGUUUAAAUCACAUGGGUAUAGGGUGCCCACCACUAUGUAUAGUGAGGCCUCCCUAGGCAGCUGAUUGGGCUGUCAUGAAAGGACAGCAACUUGUGAAUCAUUUCAUUUACUAUUACUUGUAUUUUUACUGCUAGGGAGGGGGAUAGGUGCUCUGAAGUGCACAAAACAUAACCUGUAGAUCAUGAAAUCUCAUGUCAUCAUUUUGUGACUGCUUUGCCCCGCGCUGACAUUUUGUGACUUGGUCUGCCUUGCACCCACCACUAUUUUGUUACUGAAGGGCCUUGGUAUUUUCCAGCCCUCUCAAGUGGUCCCUAAAAGUAGAAAGUUUGAUAACAGCUGCCGUAGAUCAUAUUUGACAAAUGUCAGUAAGAGCACCUUAAAAUAUAUUUUGGAAGUUCGAACUGUAGUAUUGCCUCACUGUAAGUUGAGAACAUUAAGAGAACUGCAUUGAACGCAGUCAGCUUACUUCUGAUUAAACAUUUGUAGGGUCUCAUCAUACUUUUGUAUCCUGCUCUUUUCCUAAGAUGUUUAGGGCUGAUACAGAUGAUUUGCUUUUUUCUUUCAAUAACUCUGUCAGAGUGGUUAUGGUAAGAAAUGGUUCAGUGCCACGCAUUAAGCUUCAUGGUUCUGCGUGGGCUUGAAGUCUGGGCUCUGAAACCAAAUCAGAUGCAAUGGCUGGAACUUUUAAACAGAGAAAAAAAUAUAGAAUAAGUAAAAAUAAGCAUUUUUAAAAGAAAAAAAUAGAUUCCAAAGGUACUUAAAAUUCCAUUAGGCAUUCCUUCUCUGCCAAGUGGGAGAGUGCAAUUUGCAGUGGAAAAGUGGUAUGUGGGGUCAGUGCUUGACCAUUCUGCAGGCAGUAGAAUGACUGCUAUUGAAAAGGUCAGCGCUGGACUGAAUGGGUUGUAGCAAGUUUUGCUCAGUUGCAAAUACAGUGGUACCUUGGUUUGCAAUUGCUUUGGAUUACAACCGUUUUGGAUUACAAGCACGUCAAACCCGGAAGUUCGUGUCCCUUUUUUUUGGAUUACAACCCAUUUUGGGGGGGAGGCCCCAUUGGCGAAAGUGCCCCUUGGGUUACAACCUGUUUUGGUUUACAACCGGACCUCCAGAACGGAUUAUGGUUGUAAACCAAGGUACCACUGUACUUCCUUUCUUGGGAAAGUGACUGAGACAGUUCUGGCAGAACAACUGCAGACAAUUCUGAAUGAGACUAAUGAUCUAAUCUUUGACAGUCUGGGUUCAGGCCUGGAUUUGGGACUGAAUGAGCCUUGAUCGACCUUAUGGAUGACUUUUAUAGCGAGGGAAUACGACUCUGCUAUUUCUGGUUGAUCUCUUGGCAGUCUUCAAUACCACUGAUCACGAUAUCCUUCUGAACCGACUCUGCAGGAUAGGUAUCAGUGGCAGUGUAUUGCGAUUACAAUACUCCUGCAGGGUCAGGUCCAAAGAGUAGCAUUGGGAGAGUGCACUUUGCCCCCUGGUGCUUACACUAUGGAGUGCCAUAGGACACUAUUUUGUCCACAGUGCUAUUCAACAGCUGGCUUUCCUGCUGCUACUUUGCUGAGAAGGAGCAUCAGGUUUUUGCCAUAUUUGGUGAUAUUGUAAUGUGUAGUUCCGGCUUCUUUCCAUUGUUCUGUGCUGAACUCCCAAAGCAGACUAAAGUAUUAUAAAAUGCUAUAAAAUGUAAUGUUAUAUUGCUGCUUUUACUAGUUAUGAUAGAGAUGCUAAUUGCUCAAAACUUUUCAGUUAUUACUGCAUUCAGGAACUGCGUCUUUGUUGACCUUGAUGAUUAAUUCUACCACUGUGAAAAGGCUGGUUACAACACUAGGUAAUACUCUCAACAUUUCUUCUUUUCUUUAUUAAAAUAAAAAUUAAUGUGUUUUAUUCAUACUUCAACUUCAGCCCUAUUUAAGCAUUUUUUAAAAAAAAUAUAUGAUUUAAAAGGGAUAGGAAGACCAGUUUUCUGCAUGCUGACCCUACUCCUAAUUUCCUUGUGCUCACUGGGCAUGCCCAUUCCAUCCCUCGCCCUCUUGGAAGGUCUGAAGGGGGCUUUUAAGCAUGUUCAGAUGCACAGUCUUUCAGCCUUCCGCACAACUGGGAGCCCUGAUGAGGUAGGGUUCUAUUUCCCAGCCAUGCUGUUGUCUCUUUGCUGUAUCAAGCACUCAUGAGUCUGGAAUUAGAUGACCUUUGCUGCUGUCUUGUAAAUCUUAUUAUGAUCAAUGAAUUACUUUUCUGUUUCUAUAGGCCUUUGUAAUAUUACCCUUCCAAAACGUAUGGCAAUGCAUAACGCUGUUCAGCGAAUCAGACAAAUGGAAGCCAAUGCAUUUGCAAUGCUGAAACUUGAUAGAUUUUUGGCUGAUGCAAACUGGACAAUGGCUGAAGAAGCAAUUAAAAUAGAUUAUCCUUAUAAAGUGAGUAUCUUUCAGUUAGUGUUAAAUAAACAUAACUUAGAAAGUGUGUAAAACCAAAUGCAAGGUGGGCUCAUAGCCUGAGCUCACUUGUCCGUUUGCUUGCCCAGAACAGAGCCACCUAUCAUUUGCCAUGCUAAGGCUUGUGCCUGCACUGCUCUUCAAAAGGAAGAGACGGGGUAUGACACUUGUUGGGCAACCUCAGGUCAUGCUUAGCCAUGCAAUUCACCUGCUAUGUCUUUGUUAAAAGAAUUUGGCAGAAUUAGCAACCUGAUUUCAAGUUAUUCAUCUGACAGCAAGGACUGAGACAUAGAAGGUGCUGGACUAAAUACUUCCAAGAAGGACCACAAAUUUUGAGGAAUCUCUCAUUGCUUGUCUUAGCUCUUGUUUUUCCCUAGGUAAGGGUCCCAGCUGAGAAACAGGGCUCUAACCUAGUGGGGAUUUGUGUUAGGAACAGAGUCCACUUGAACAUUUAUUUAUUUGUAAACAUAUUUGUAAACUGCAAUUUUCUAUAAAUAUCAAAGUGGUUCAUAAUAAUUGUAACACAAUAAAAACUACAUAAAAUGAAAGUAGAUCACCAGCUAACUACCGUAUUUUUCGCUCUAUAAGACGCACCAGACCACAAGACGCACCUAGUUUUUGGAGGAGGAAAACAAGAAAAAAAAUAUUCUGAAUCUCAGAAGCCAGAACAGCAAGAGGAUCGCUGCGCAGUGAAAGCAGCAAUCCCUCUUGCUGUUCUGGCUUCUGGGAUAACUGCGCAGCCUGCAUUCGCUCCAUAAGACGCACACACAUUUCCCCUUACUUUUUAGGAGGGAAAAAGUGAGUCUUAUAGAGCAAAAAAUACGGUAUUUAGAAAAUGUUUUUCAUCAAUUAUCUGCAUAAGCCUGGUAGCAAAGAAAAGGUUUCAGCAAAUGUUUGAAGGUUAAGCUAGAAGGUGCAUGCACCCAUUCAAUAUCUAAGAAGCAGAGCAUGGUCAAGCAUAGGUCAGGUUUGAGUAAUGGAAGGUCAGACACAGAAGUCUGGAUAAGCAAGAUCAGAAAGCAAUAAUACAGUCAUACCUUGUGUUGUGUUAGGUUCAUGUUGCAUCUUUUCAGUUUGUGAACGCGGCAAACCCAGAAGUGUAUACUUCGGGUUUCGCCACGUGCAUGUGCGUAGAAGCCUUCUGUGCGCUUCACAUAUGCGCGGAAGCGCUCUAUCGCGCUCUGCACUUGCGCAGAAGUGCUGCUCUAGUUGUUGACUUUUUGGGGUGCGAACGGCACCCUGGAACGGAUCAUGCCCGCAACUAGAGGUACCACUGUAAUAAUAAAGGUGUUUGGUUUUUUUAAAAAAGUACACAAGUGAUUAGCAGAACAAAACUAUCUAAUAAGUCAGGGGCAGCAUAAUCACUUAACUAGGGGUUAACAUAGGGGUGCUGGAAUAAAAACAUUUUCACCUGGUUUAUAAACACUAUUAAGGAUGGAGCCAACAGAUCUUCUGGGGCAGGGAGUUUCACAGGCUGGACACCACCGCAUAAAUUCCCUCACACAUCCCAACCAGCUGCACUUCUGAUGAUGUGGAAAAGUUGUCUCCAAACAAUCAGAGUGGAUAGGCAGAAUCAUGUGAGAGGAGACUGAUGUGUUUCCUCACCACGCUGACAUGAUAUUCUGGGAUGCAAUCAAGCCAAAGUUAAGCCCAUUCUUUCAGCUCCUGUCUGGGGUGCAAUCUCGCCCUCAGGAUUGUGGGUGCCUGUUGCCACAACACAGAUGUGUGAAGGGUGCCUCGCUGGGUGGUUGCGGAGGGCAGAGCUGAACUGAUUCUCGGAGGCAAUGCCGCUGCCACCUGCCGGCUUUUCUCAUUGACUUUGUGGGAGCUCUGCCCCCACAAUUACCGUAUUUUUCCGUGUAGAAUAAUAGAAUCAUAGAGUUGGAAGAGACCACAAGGGCCAUCGAGUCCAACCCCCUGCCAAGCAGGAAACACCAUCAGAGCACUCCUGACAUAUGGUUGUCAAGCCUCUGCUUAAAGACCUCCAAAGAAGGAGACUCCACCACACUCCUUGGCAGCAUAUUCCACUGUCGAACAGCUCUUACUGUCAGGAAGUUCUUCCUAAUGUUUAGGUGGAAUCUUCUUUCUUGUAGUUUGGAUCCAUUGCUCCGUGUCCGCUUCUCUGGAGCAGCAGAAAACAACCUUUCUCCCUCCUCCAUGUGACAUCCUUUUAUAUAUUUGAACAUGGCUAUCAUAUCACCCCUUAACCUCCUCUUCUCCAGGCUAAACAUGCCCAGCUCCCUUAGCCGUUCCUCAUAAGGCAUCGUUUCCAGGCCUUUGACCAUUUUGGUUGCCCUCCUCUGGACACGUUCCAGUUUGUCAGUGUCCUUCUUGAACUGUGGUGCCCAGAACUGGACACAGUACUCCAGGUGAGGUCUGACCAGAGCAGAAUACAGUGGCACUAUUACUUCCCUUGAUCUAGAUGCUAUACUCCUAUUGAUGCAGCCCAGAAUUGCAUGGUCUUGUUACGCAGCCGCGUCAAACUGUUGGCUCAGGGCAAGUUUGUGGACAACCAAGACUCCUAGAUCCUUUUCACAUGUACUGCUCUCAAGCCAGGUGUCCCCAUCUUGUAUUUGUGCCUCUCAUUUUUUUGCCCAAGUGCAAUACUUUACAUUUCUCCCUGUUAAAAUUCAUCUUGUUUGUUUUGGCCCAGUUCUCUAAUCUGUCAAGGUCGUUUUGAAGUGUGAUCCUGUCCUCUGGGGUGUUAGCCACCCCUCCCAGUUUGGUGUCAUCUGCAAAUUUGAUCAGGAUGCCCUUGAGUCCAUCAUCCAAGUCAUUGAUAAAGAUGUUGAAUAAGACCGGGCCCAAGACAGAACCCUGUGGCACCCCACUAGUCACUCUUCUUCAGGAUGAAGAGGAACCAUUGAUGAGCACCCUUUGGGUUCGGUCAGUCAGCCAGUUACAAAUCCACUGAGUGGUAGCAUAGUCAAGACCGCAUUUUACCAGCUUCUUUACAAGAAUAUCAUGGGGCACCUUGUCAAAUGCCUUGCUGAAAUCAAGGUAGGCUACAUCCACUGCGUUCCCUUCAUCUACCAGGCUUGUAAUUCUGUCAAAAAAUGAGAUCAGGUUAGUCUGACGUGACUUAUUUUUCAGAAAUCCAUGCUGACUAUUGGUGAUCACAGCAUUCCUUUCUAGGUGCUCACAGACUGUUUGCUUAAUGAUCUGCUCCAGAAUCUUCCCUGGUAUUGAUGUCAGACUGACUGGGCGGUAAUUAUUUGGAUCCUCUCUUUUCCCCUUUUUGAAAAUAGGGACAACAUUUGCCCUCCUCCAGUCUGCCGGGACUUCGCCUGUUCUCCAGGAAUUCUCAAAGAUGACUGCCAGUGGUUCUGAGAUCACAUCUGCCAGUUCUUUUAAUACUCUUGGAUGCAGUUCAUCUGGCCCUGGAGACUUGAAUACAUCUAAACUAGCCAAGUAUUCUUGUACUAUCUCCUUAGUUAUUCUGGGCUGUGUUUCCUUUGCUGAAUCAUUUGCUCCAAAUUCUUCAGGUCGGGCAUUGUUUUCUUUAUCGGAGAAGACUGAGGCAAAGAAGGCAUUGAGGAGUUCAGCCCUUUCUGUGUCCCCUGUUUGCAUUUCACCAUCUUCUCCUCUGAGUGACCCCACUGUUUCUUUGUUCUUCCUUUUGCUACUGAACAUACCCAUAAAAGCCUUUUUGUUGCUUUUAACCUCUCUAGCAAGCCUGAGUUCAUUCUGUGCUUUAGCUUUUCUGACUUUGUGUCUACACGUGCUGGCUAUUUGUUUGAAUUCCUCUUUGGUGGUUUCCCCCCUUUUCCAUUUUUUGUACACAUCCUUUUUUAAUUUUAACUCACUUAAAAGUUCUUUAGAUAGCCACCCUGGCUUCUUUAGGCACCUUCCAUGUUUCCGUCUCAUUGGUAUUGCCUGACGUUGUGCUUUUACUAUCUCCCUCUUAACAAACUCCCAGCCAUCAUGAACUCCUUUUCCUUUUAGUAUUACUGUCCAUGGGAUCUCACCCAGCACUUCCCUAAGUUUUAUGAAGUCGGCUUUCUUAAAGUCAAGAAAUUGAGUCCUAGUAUGCUUGGCUGCUCCUUUCCGCUGUAUAGUAAACUUCAGAAGAGCAUGAUCACUCGCGCCUAAUGAUCCUUCCACUUCUACCCCACUAACCAGGUCAUCAACAUUGGUUAGGACCAGAUCUAAAAUGGCUGUUCCUCUUGUUGCUUCUCCCACUUUCUGGACAAUGAAGUUGUCUGCAAGGCCAGUGAGGAAUCUGUUUGACCUUAUGCUCUUGGCUGAGUUUGACAUCCAACAAAUAUCCGGGUAAUUGAAGUCCCCAUUACUACUAUCUCCCUUCCUUUUGCAUGCUUGGCCAUCUGUUCCAGGAAGGCAUCAUCUAUGUCCUCCGUUUGGCUUGGGGAUCUAUAGUAAACUCCCACAAUGAGGUCACUGUUAUUCUUCUCUCCCUUAAUUUUGACCCAAAUGCUCUCACUUUGGCUUUGAGGUUCUAAAUCUUGGAUCUCUUCACAGGUAUACACAUCCCUGACAUAUAACGCCACUCCUCCUCCUUUCUUGUCUGGUCUGUUUCUCUGAAAUAGAUUGUAUCCCUCCAUUAUUACAUUCCAAUCGUGGGACGUAUCCCACCACGUUUCAGUGAUGCCUAUUAUGUCAUAUUUAGUUUGCUGUACUAAGAGCUCAAGCUCAUCUUGUUUAUUUCCCAUGCUUUGCGCAUUAGUGUACAGACAUUGAAGUCCAUUAAUCAUUCCCCCGUGUCUCUUAUUUAAGGAUUUUUUCCUCCCACCACUAGGUCUUAUACACCACUAGGUGUAUAAGACUAAAAAAAUAAAUGUGUAUAAGACUAAAAAAUAAUGUCAAAAAUUAGGAGGCAUCCUUAUACAGUGGUAUCUCUGGAUGCGAACGGGAUCCCUUCCGGAGCCCUGUUCGCAUCCUGAAGCGAACGCAACCCACAUCCGCAUGUCAUUUUGAUGAUCUGUGCAUGCGCGAGUGACGAAGCCCGGAAGUAACGCGCUCCGUUACUUCCGGGUCGCUGCAGUGCGCAACCCGAAAAUACUCAUCCCAAAGCUACUUUAACUCGAGGUAUGACUGUACAUGGGGCCAUCUCUCCCCAUUGUCUUAAAUCUGUGUCCCCCAAAAUAGGGGGUGUCUUAUACAAGGGGGCGUCUUAUAAAUGGAAAAAUACAGUAUAUUACUGUGGGUGUCCAGGCACCUAUGGCCCCCUAGAGUUGUCUCCUAUGACUCCUGUGUGUGAUUUAAACCAAACUGGCCCUGCCACACAGUAGUGUGAAUCAGUGACUUCAGGCAGCACCAUGAGCAGGGUAGAUAAGACAGGAUUUUAGUGUGUGAAUGCUGCAGCAUUCUUUGUAAAUUGUUGAGUCUACAGUAGAGUAUAAAAGUGCUCAACUUCCAUUGGAUUGUGCCCAAAAUGUUUAGAUUCUUAAAUUAAUUUAAUAUUACCCUUGGUUUGAUAUUGAGAUUUCAGUCAAUGUAUAUUCUGUUUUUUCCUAUCCCCCCCCUUGUGCAGUUAGAUUCAGAAGAAGUUGAUCAACUGAUCAAAUCACUUAGAUGUCCAGAAUGUAAUGCCAAUGUUACAUUUGAAGGAAGUUCUCAACAAAUUGCUGACAUAAUGGAAGAAGCCAGAUUGCGUCUUUUAACGGCACAAAUAGUUCGUACUUUUAAUUCUAUUGGCCUUUUAUUGAUGUAAUUUCAGGAUUAUAAUUACUUAACAAUAUAAUUGAGCAUUUUAUGGUGGUUCACAAUGAAAAGUCCCAAUUCUAUAGAACAUUUGAAUCUUAAUGUUUUACUGUGAAUUCAAAAUACAUUGUCUCUAGUGUGGUCCAUAGCUAUUAAAAAUACAAUAUUAAGUGUCCAUAUAAUUAAGGUAGAGAGAUCUUUUUAUCUGUCUUUUAUAACUACCUCUUUAUUCCUAGGAAAUAGUUCAUUGUUAAUCUGAGAAUUAGUUCUAAUGUUGGGCAUUUCCCCCCAAAAGUUUUAUUGGAAGCCACUCUUUGCUGUAGGAUGCCUAAUCAGAAUAAUUUAGUGCGUUGACUACUCCGUACCUGCCUACCCCACAUUUCUUACUUGUGAUCAAACCAGUUAAAGCAGGGGUCCUCAAACUAAGGCCUGCGGGCCGGAUUUAGCCCACCAGGUUCCUUGACCCAGGUGCCCGGCAACUGCAGAACCCACCACUGUGUAACAGUGGCAGACUCCCUGACGAGGCAGGCGGCACAAGGAUGGAUGAGGUGUCCCCCUGGCUUGGCACACCCGCAUCCAGCGGUGCGGGCAAGGGACAGGGUGAACAUGCAGGGAGGGCAGGCUGCGUGGCUCCGGGUGCUCUUAUAGAGGCGCUGUGCUGCCUCCGUGUGCGAGUGCCUGGCUGGGUGGCAUCUGCGGGGCUCCUGCCCACGCCUCCAAUCACCAGCGUCAGUGCUGCCCUGAUUUCCUGAUGUGCCCAAACUGGUGCAAGACAGGUUCUUGGGCACCCACACCGCCGCCUGCACACCGAGGAGCCGUGCGCACCCCGUACCUCUGUGCAGUAAGUUGCACCUUGCCCAGCGGAGCUGGGUGGUGGCAUGGGAGCGGGGGGAGAUCCACGUGAGGAAAGGUCUGGAUGAUGCAGGAUUGUCCCACAUUUCAGUGUGGUCCCAAUAAAGGCAUGGCCCAGAAAUGGGGAUCCUAACCAUGUCUACUCGGAAGUAAGUCCCAUUGCUGAGUAAGUGCCUGUAGGAUUGCAGCCCUCAAAUUUUUAAAAUGUAUUUUUAAUCUUUUGUUGGAAGCCGCUCAGAGUGGCAGGGGAAACUCUUUUCACAUAUAUUUUUUUUUUUGAAAGGGCAGUUUCAUCUGUCUAGUGUGAGGUGUUCCUACCACCACUGCUCACUUUGCAAAGUUUUAAGUGCUGCAAAUCCCACUGGGAGUGAUAGAACUUGAUGUGCCAUCAGACUUUAAGAAUUGCAGAGAAAAAGUGUGGGAGUGGCUAUGUGUUUGCUAUACAAAUCCCCCUUUAUGAGGUAGUGCUACAGCCCUUGAACCACAGUAUAAGGAAUCUGCAGGACACAUAUUCUGAUAGGCACAUGGAUUGAGCAGGUGUGGAUGAGAUUAGUCCACUUUGGACUCUUGAGUUUGACAGAAUCAAUCCCCUUCUUUGUUUUCUUAUGUAGCAUGGGAUCUUUAUAAGUGGCACAAUCCUAGAAAAUCUACUGAGGAAGUAGUCCCACAAGUCAAGUGCAUAAUGCUGCCUGAAAAAUCAAUUGUCGCCUGAGAUUAUUACACUGUGUACUGCAGACCAUUUUCAAACCAAAAUGUAAUAGUGUUGUAUCUUAUUACAGUGUUGUAAAAUGCUUAGGCCCGAUAUUGGAUUUUUCUGCAUUGCUAUUUUUUUUUUUUUAAAUAGUAUUUAUUAAGGUUUUAAGUUUACAAAAAGGCAAAAGAAAACAGAAAAACACCAAAUUGAACAAUAGCAAAACAACACAUCACAAUAAAAAACAGAAAUAUAGGAACACUUAAAAAAAAAGACAAAUCGAGCCUUCCCAUAACUUAUCUUUCAUUUGCUUGUUUCCCUGACCUCCUCACACCUCCCUUUUUUGUAUUCUAAGUCAGUUAUCCAUUUCAGCAAAUCCUUUCCCUCUCUUCAAAAUUCUUAUCCUGGAAAUUUAUCUUGAUCUUAAUAUAAGUUUACUUCCCCUCUUUUCACCAGUUAACAGUCUAUUUUUCUUAAAUCUUUGAUACAUUUUUGCUAAAGUCACAUAGAUUCAUUCCAACAUCAUUCUAACAUUCAUUAAUUUUACAAUGUUUCUGUAAAUAGUCUUUAAAUUUCUUCCAAUCUUCCUCCACCGACUCUUCUCUCUGGUCUCGGAUUCUGCCAGUCAUUUCCGCCAGUUCCAUGUAGUCUAUCACCUUCAUCUGCCAUUCUUCCAGAGUGGGUAGAUCUUGUGUCUUCCAAUACUUUGCAAUAAGUAUUCUUGCUGCUGUUGUGGCAUACAUAAAGAAAGUUCUGUCCUUCUUUGACACCAAUUGGCCGACCAUGCCCAGGAGGAAGGCCUCUGGUUUCUUCAGAAAGGUAUAUUUAAAUACCUUUUUCAUUUCAUUAUAGAUCAUCUCCCAGAAAGCCUUGAUCUUUGGGCAUGUCCACCAAAGGUGAAAGAAUAUACCUUCCGUCUCUUUACAUUUCCAGCAUUUAUUAUCGGGCAAGUGAUAAAUUUUCGCAAGCUUGACUGGUGUCAUGUACCACCUGUAUAUCAUUUUCAUUAUAUUCUCUCUUAAGGCAUUACAUGCCGUGAACUUCAUACCUGUGGUCCAUAACUGUUCCCAGUCAGCCAUCAUAAUGUUAUGUCCAACAUCUUGUGCCCAUCUAAUCAUAACAGAUUUCACCGUUUCAUCCUGAGUAUUCCAUUUCAACAGCAAAUUAUACAUUCUUGACAAAUUCUUAGUUUUGGGUUCUAACAGUUCUGUUUCCAAUUUUGAUUUUUCCACCUGGAAGCCAAUUUUUUUAUCCAAAUUAUAUGCCUCCAUUAUCUGAUGAUAAUAAUAAAGCCAAUCUCGCACUCUAUUUUUUAAUUUUUCUAAACUCUGCAGUUUUAAUCUGUCUCCCUCUUGUUCCAAAAUUUCCCAAUAUUUCGGCCAUUUAGCCUCCAUAUUGAGCUUUUUCUGAGCCUUCGCUUCCAUUGGUGACAGCUAUCUUGGGGUUUUAUUCUCAAGCAAAUCCUUAUAUCUUAUCCAAACAUUAAACAGUGCUUUUCUGACAAUAUGGUUUUUAAACGCUUUAUGUGCUUUGACCUUAUCAUACCAUAAAUAAGCAUGCCACCCAAAGACAUUAUUAAAGCCUUCUAAGUCCAACACAUCAGUGUUCUCAAGAAGCAUCCAUUCUCUCAGCCAGCAAAAAGCGGCUGAUUCAUAAUAAAGUUUUAAGUCUGGCAGGGCAAAUCCACCUCUUUCCUUAGCGUCAGUUAAUAUCUUAAAUUUUAUUCGAGGUUUCUUGCCCUGCCAGACAAAUCUAGAGAUAUCUCUGCCACUUCUUGAAACACUCCAUUUUAUCUAGUAUUUGCAAUGUUUGAAACAAAAACAACAUCCUUGGCAAUGCAUUCAUCUUUAUCGCAGCAAUUCGGCCUAGCAAUGAUAACUUCAGAUUUGACCAUAUUUCUAGAUCCUUUUUCACUUCCAUCCAACAUUUUUCAUAGUUAUCCUUAAACAAAUUCACAUUUUUAGCAGUCAUGUUAACCCCUAGGUAUUUCACUUUCUUAACCAAUGUUAAUCCUGUCUCCUUCUGAAACCUUUCUCUCUCUGUCACUGUUAAAUUUUUCUCUAAAACUUUAGUUUUCAUCUUAUUAAACUUAAAUCCCGCUUGUUGUUGUUGUUUAGUCGUUUAGUCGUGUCCGACUCUUCGUGACCCCAUGGACCAGAGCACGCCAGGCACUUCUGUCCUCCACUGCCUCCCGCAGUUUGAUCAAACUCAUGCCGGUAGCUUCAAGAACACCAUCCAACCAUCUCAUUCUCUGUCGUCCCCUUCUCCUUGCGCCCUCUAUCUUUCCCAACAUCAGGGUCUUUUCCAGGGAGUCUUCUCUUCUCAUGAGGUGGCCAAAGUAUUGGAGCCUCAGCUUCAGGAUCUGUCCUUCCAGUGAGCACUCAGGGCUGAUCCCGCUACUUGUCCAAAUUCUUGGAUCAUUUCCAGUACUCUUUUGGUACUAGAUUCUGGCUCCUGUAAUGUCAAUACCAGAUCAUCAGCAAAUGCUUUCAGUUUGUACUGUUUAGCUCCAACUUGUAUACCUUUAACUGUUUGGUCCCUCCUAAUCAUAUUUAAAAGAACUUCCAGGACCGAUAUAAAAAGCAAUGGAGAGAUUGGGCAACCUUGUCGUGUUCCUUUCUCUAUCUUAAAUUCUUCCGUCACUACAUUGUUCACAAUUAAUUUAGCCUUUUGUUCUGAAUAAAUUGCACCUAUACCAUUUUCAAAACCUUGACCAACCCCCAUCCCCUGUAGGUUUUUCUUCAUAAAACUCCAAGAAAUAUUGUCAAAGGCUUUCUCCGCAUCCACAAAUAUCAAAACUGUUUUAGUAUUAAUAUUCACUUGUAACUUUUCUAGAAUGUUAAUUAUAUUUCUCGUGUUGUCAGACAAGUGUCUGCCCGGGAGAAAACCGGCUUGGUCUUUAUGGAUUUCUUCUACUAGUACCUUUCUUAAUCUUUUAGCCAAAAUAUCUGCAAAAAAUUUAUAAUCCACAUUAAGCAAAGAUAUGGGGCGGUAAUUCUUAAGCUGUGUCUUCUCAGACUCUACUUUCGGUAUAAGUGUGAUGUAAGCUUCCUUCCACGACUCUGGCGCCCUUUUCCCUUCCAAUAUUCCAUUACAAACUUCUUUUAAUGGCUGAGAUUUUUCUGCAUUGCUAAAUCAUACAAUCAGCAUUUCACAUUUGAAGAUAGGGACAUGGUUGUAACAGUCCCUUUCCAAUAUGAAGGAUUAAUGCCUGCACUCUGUCCACCUCACCCCACUCUAUUGCACAUACUGUUACAUAUCACUGAAAGUUUUUUCACCUGCUGUAUAGUAUCAGUUUGCCCACUCCGAUUUAAAGUAUAAGGUGUUGGGGGUUUUUUUUUGGUUUUGUUUUGCCAGUGAUUAGUAUCAGACUAGGAUGGGGAGCAAGGAUCAAAUUGGAUGUCUUUGGGCCAGUCACUAUCGUUCAUCCUAACGUACCUCACAGGGGUGAUGUGAGGAUAAAAAUGAGAUGGUGUAUGCCUCCUUUAGCUUUUGAAGGUGGAAAGGUAGAAUCAGUGCUGUUUUUCUAGAAAAAAGAGUGCUGGAACUCACCACGAACGCCUCCCUUGUUCUUUUAUAAUGCCAAUGGUGCCUACCUGAGAGGUGCUGGAACUGAGUUCCGGCUGAAAAAAAGCCCCGAGUGGAAUAUAUAUUUAAUUACAUAAAUCCCAGUCCUCCAUCAGAGUCAAGAAAGGUUCAAGCUCUGGAAGGGUAAUGAUUACCUCCCACAUUGAAAUACUUUUGAAGUCUGUUUCUUGGAUUAGAAAUCUAGGAAUGUUGUGUUCAAAGCAUUGGUUGCAGCCAGAAUGUACUUCAAGCCUUCGUGGAAGUUGUGGUGUAAUAGAAGGGAGGGAUCUCUGGACCUCCACAUGUUGAAUUUCAGUUCCCAACAUCAUCCCUGACCAUUGGCCACAGGUUCCCCACUCCUCCUAUAGAAGUUCAGGUCCAAGCAGAACCUUGGACAGUUGCAAAUGGCAUUCAGGCUCACACAUGUAUGGCCAACUCAAAUGUUGCUUCAGCGGUGGUUUAGAGUUCCCUGAGGCUUAAAUAGGGAUGCUGCUCAGAGUAAUUAGCUCCACCAUCACCCUGAAAAAUGGCUUUUGUAAUUAAAUAAGUUUUUCUCAGUUGAGCUGGGAAUUAGUUCUUAUGGUGCCAUGGAGACUGACUCUGUUGCUGCUUUCAAGAUGAAAGCAUAAGGUUAGUGUUACAUCUCAGGAGGUUCACAUGUGCUGCAGAGUGAGAGUGGGAUCACUGAGGAUACAUGCUGAGGACAAUUUCUUCCCUCUACUCUGGCUCCUCAGAGUCUCUGGGCUCACUCGCUGAAUGAGGUGAGUUUCAACCUGAUAUCAUGACUAGGAAAUCUUAGAAAAUGUCUACUCUUCAUCAAUGCUGGUACCAGAGGGGUGCAGAACAAACACACAUAAACUGCAACCAAAUCAUAAAAUUAACAAGAUAUGCUAACAAACAAAGCAGCUAAAAACAACAUCAGGAUAAUAAUCACCUUACAUAACCUACAAAUAAGUAAGUCUUAACCUAGUGCCGAAAUGAUGACAGUUCACAGAUAGAGUGCCGCCUCUAUUCCCGCAUCACCAUAAAGUGAGCUUCCCUCAGUGAUAGAAAAUUGAGGCUAGCAAGGUCCAAAAAUAUUAGUACAUGAAUAGGGAGAGGUGCUUCUUUAGUUAUGGACUAGUCUGAGAAAUGCAUAAACUGAAGACUCGUAUCUGACAAUGCAUCAAGUGAUGAUCUGCAUGUGGGAAUAAUGUUUUGUGCAGAAUGCACAAAAGAUAUACAUUUCCUACAAAAAAGACACAAAAUUUUGGAUUCCUGAGUAUGCUAAAGCUAUCCAAUAUUAGAAGCUCUGGGGAAGGCAGCUGUCUUUAAAAAAAACAAAAAACAAACCACAGGUUUAGUUACAGGUAGGUAGCCGUGUUGGUCUGCCAUAGUCGAAACAAAAUAAAAAAUAAAAAAAUUCCUUCCAGUAGCACCUUAGAGACCAACUAAGUUUGUUAUUGGUAUGAGCUUUCAUGUGCAUGCACACUUCUUAGGUUUGUUUUGUUUGUUUAAACCACAGGUUGCAUGUGGGGAAAAUGUGAAGCACUACAUAAAGAACUUCCAUGUAACCUCAGUGUUUUUAAUAGAGCUAAUUAACAGUUUAAUUAGCAUGCAGAGUCAGAUAGAUAGCUAUGUUGUUCAGUAGGUAGAUAAUGCAUGUUGCUGAAGAAAGCAACAGUUAUUUCAUUCAGUAUAUACAUUAUUUUUUUCUAAAUAUAGGCCAGUUAUCAGAAGCAAUACAACAGUGGAAUGCUGAACCAAGAUGCUGCCCAAACAUUAAUAGGUGCAGCAGAAAGCUAUGUUGAUAUUGAAGGAAAGUAAGUGCUGUAUUUUAAAGAAAGAAAAAGAUAAGUGCUGUAUGAUUUUUAAUGUUAUUGUUACAGACAUCCCACCAACCACCUGAAUGAAGAUCACACACUACUGAUGGUUCAUGGAACACAGUUUGGGAACCACUGGCCUUAGAACACAAGUUCAUAACCUAAUAAUGCAAUCUGAAGUACAUAGGGAAACGUUUAGUGAGAAUUGCCUGAGAGUCCAGUGGAAGUGCUUAUCUGGUGUCUGGACUCAAUAAAGAACUGGAUGAUGACUUGUAAACUGAAGCUCAACCCUGACAAGAUGGAGGUCCGGUUGGCAUUUAUAUUAGAGCAACUGAGACAGAGUCCUGUGGUAAUUGCCACAUGUUGAACCAAGGACAGGGCUGUGGUUAUGACUGCCCACUUUGCAGCACUUAGCCCACUUAGCACUGUGGCUUGCUGAGCCUGCACAGAUUGAUUGUUCUCUUUGGCUGCAACUGCAUGUUUUGAGCCCUGGGUUGCAGGAGCCUUUGCCUUUGAGAAUGCCUUCUGAGUACUGUCUGCAGCCUUUGGGGGUGGGCAGUUUCAUGUCAGGCAAGACAUAUUUGUACAAGCAUUAAAAAAAGAUGCUCCAAACACCUGAAAAAAAUGGAGGAGAGUAGUGGCACUAAAACACAGGUGGGGAACUUGUGAGUAGAGAGUUGCCUUAGUUGAGUUGCUUUAAAAGAAUGAAAACAUAUAUUCGUCAACUAAAGCAGUCUUAGCCACUUGCCAAAAUACCUUCAGCUGGCAUGCAAAAAAAAAUGGGUCGUCCAGCAAUUCAUUAAUGGCAUUUAUGUGAUCAGCUAAGAGCAAUGGAACCCUAAUUCCUUUAGUCUCUGGUGAAUCUCCUCAGUACCUGAUCAGCCCCACCCCCAGAAUCUUGAAUUGGGGGAAGCCAGCUCUCCCUUGUAUCACAUCCCUAAAAUUCCCGUACACAGAGGGGAAUUUGAUCAUCAGCUCACUAGAAUUUGUCAACAGUUUAGAAAGGUAGGACAAGAGCUGAGAAUUGAGCCCUUCUCACCAGGAUGGUUUCUUGGGAGCCUGGGACAUUCCUUGUGAGGGAGAUUCCUUGGUCCUAACUAGGGAUGACAGAGAGAUUUGAUUUGAGUUAUAAUUUCUGACCUGAACUUUCUGAAACAUCACCGUCCUUCAAAAUUGACACUUCUCCAAAUAUGCAGUAUACUUUGGUCAAGUAAUGUGUGCAAAAAUACAUAAUGCUGUGGUUAAGUUUGCAUAAAAAUGCAUAUCUGGAGGGAGGAAAUAACAUAAAAAGGCAGUGUUUUACAGCAUAUUGCUUUGCAAAAGAGUGUAUAUUGGGCAGAAUUGAUUGAUUUCCCUUUUUGGUGUGAAAUUGGAUUAGGUCCCUCUUUCAGGGAUCCUAUAGGCAACUGGCUGAACCUUGUGAAAACGGGAUGCUGAACUGACCUUACCUUCGUAUGGUCAUUAUUUUCCUUCUCCACUGAUUUUGUAUCUUUCUGUUAUUUAAAAGUGAAGUUUUGUAAGCAACCUUGACCAUUUUUCCUGAAGAGCAGGCUUCUAAGGAAACAUUCAGGAUUGCAUUGUUAAUGGUUUUUGGUUUUUUUUAUGAAGCAGCUGUCUUGAUAUCUGUAUUCUCAAAUUCACUCUAUGAUAAUGUAAGUUGAGAUAUCUUUAGGAUCUUACUAUUUUCUUACUAUUAGCUUCUCUUCUCAAUUACCUUGUCUUAAAUAUUUUAGGUUUAUGAAUAUUCAUGAAGUAAAGACCUAUUGGGAAAGCAAAGGAGUGCUGGUAAAGUUGAAGAAAUUGCUAUCUGAUUGGGUUUACAGCGUGAAAGAGGAAACAUUUAAGGCACCAAAGUUAGUGUUUAUUAAUGUUUGCUUAAAUAUGGUUGAUAGAAAAGGUAGUGUGCUUACACAGUAAAAUUAUACAGACACACACACUCAUUUGCUAAGAUUAGUAAUCAAAAUAUUGAGCAUAGUUGUUGAGGUUUGCUGGGGUUUGGCCACAAGGAAUCAAGUUUCCAGUUCUGUGGAAAGCUGACUUGGUCUAGAGGUGAGAAGUUCAGUUCCAGGCAGUUAAUCAAGUCCCAAAAUGACAAGCAGCGUUCUGAAGGACCAAAAGCAAGUAAUAGCAAGUUCCAAAAUCAGCAAGUAAGAUCAGAGAGCUAAGGCUUGCAAAUAAUCAGUGCGAAAGUCAGCUGUGUGGGGAAGGGAGGAGUUGGCUUCUCCAGACAUGAUCCUGCCCAGAGAGGCACAUUAUUCAAAGUGAAGAGCAAGCUCUGAAGCUUGGAUUUUAUAAGGCAAGGGAGUUCUAAAGUCUGAUGGUGGUGCUUAUAAUGUAACCCUGAUAGAUACCUUUGGAUGCACAGUUCAGGUUGCAGGAAUGCAGCCGUAGUGGCACAGGAGGUUAGGCUCGGGAGGUGGGGGCGGCAUGGCUGAGUGCUGGGAGCCCUGAGUCUAGAUUUCUCUUGACAGUGGUUCAUAUCCCUGUGUGUGCAGGUGGAGAUCAGUAUAGAGCUCAAUUGAGUCUUCUUUCCAGCCAGUGUUCUGGCCCAGUUCUGAGCAUAGGAGCUGUCAGCAUUCUCCGCUGACUCCCUACUCUUUAGUCAGGGAAAGGGGGCUGAGGCUGAGAAGACAUUGAUGACAGUGAUGGGUAGAAGAUUGGAUGCAGAAUUCUACUUUUGGCUUUGCCAGCAUCAUGUUUCUUUGGAGCAAGGUCAGUGUUGGCAAGAAAGAAAAGAAUACAAGUGUGUUGUUGUACUGUUCUUCCUCUGAUACCUCUGGAUACCCCCUUGUUUGAGAAGUGAGUGAGUGUCUCAAACAGCCCAUACAAUUAUGUAUAGUUCUGUUGGGAAAUCCCCCAUUUCCAAUGGGGAGGGGUGCCCAGUUUUAGGAAAGGAAGAGGAGCAGGACUCUUUUGCACACUUUUUCAUUCUUCUCAUUUAGCUUCACAAGACUCCUUAGCACCUCUAGUUGUUCCUAAAUUCCUGCCUGUCUAUGGGUCUUAUCAUACAUUUUUAAAUAGUCUAAUUACCCGUGUAUGGUAUGAACAAGUAAAUAUAAUGUAGUGGUCAGAAUUUUCUAAAUGAUUUGGUAACUAAUCAAAGCUCAAAAUUUUAUUCUCCUCCCUCCCCAGAAACAAGUUUUUAAGAAUGUGCCACCAUAUGGUAUUCAUGGAUGAAUUUGAAUAUAUAAGUACCAUGAUGACAUUUUUGAACUGUGUCCCUAUCGUUCUUCACUUUAUACCAAAGUAUUCUUCAACAUUUAUUCUAGAACUAAAAGUGUGCAACUACUAUUAUCUGGCUUUGUAUAUAAUGGAAGCAUUAUUUAAGGUACUGGCUAUUCAAAGUAUUACAAUAUUUGUAUUAACUGUAUUUUUAAUUAUUGACUUUGUUGUUGUUGUUUAGUCGUUUAGUCGUGUCCGACUCUUCGUGACCCCAUGGACCAGAGCACGCCAGGCACUUCUGUCUUCCACUACCUCCCACAGUUUGGUCAGACUCAUGCUUGUAGCUUCGACAACACUAUCCAACCAUCUCGUCCUCUGCCAUCCCCUUCUCUUUGUGCCCUCAAUCUUUCCCAACAUCAGGGUCUUUUCCAGGGAGUCUUCUCUUCACAUGAGGUGGCCAAAGUAUUGGAGCCUCAGCUUCAUGAUCUGUCCUUCCAGUGGACAUAUAAUCAUUAUUGACUUACAUUUUUACAAUAUGGAAUUUGAAUUUACUUGACCAACAGUGUGAAAUUGAAACUCUUGUUUCUUGGAAAUAUCACACCCUGCUCAUUCUUUUUCUUCAGUUAAUGUUCUGAUUCUUGCUGUAGCUUAAAAGAAACAACUAUAGUUGUGUUGACUGAGAGUUGAUCCCUCUCCUCUCUUGAUCACCUCCUGCAAGAUCACAGAGAUGUCUGUGUAUGAGGAGACCUCCAUAUUGACAGUCCCUUUUCCCAUACACUCGAGUUGUGUGCAAAGCUGCCUGUGAACAUUAUUGCAGUCAGUGGAGCUCACGCCCUCCCCAUUAAUUCUAUUUGGUUAGGUUUAUAGAAUUGUGUUGUGUCUAUGCUUUGUGUUUGAAAACUUAGGAAUAACUUUCCUCUGCUGUUGCCUCUACAGCAAUUUAGAGAAGUACAUAAAGGUUAAUCGUAGACCUAUUCUCCAUGAAUUUAUUUAAUCCCCUUUUAAGGUGGUCUAAGGUUGUGGCCAUCUCAGAAUCUUCUGGCAGUGAAUACCGUACAUUAAUGUGGAGAGCAAAUCAAUGCUAGGUGAGACCAGAAGUCUACCAUCCUGUUUCCCACAGUGGCCAACCUUGUGCACUUGUGCAGGGCCUGAAGAUACUAGGUUCUCCAAUUGUUGCUUCCCACCAGUAACUGGUACUGGUACUGGUUUCCAUUCACCUGGUUUGGAGAGAUUUUUUUGAAGCCCUUGUAAGUUCUCUGGGGGUUUCAUUAUGCUGAAUAAUUUGGCGUAUUGCAAAUUUGUCCACAUCAUGACUUAUUCCAUGUCAUUUGUGAACCAAUUAAAAACACCAGUCCCCAAUACAGAACGUUUUGAGGCUCCUCUUCUUACUACUAGUAAUUGUUUUUAUUAUGUUAGGUGCUUUGGAAGCCCUGUGAAUUGAGGAGUAAAAUGCUUAAUACACACAAUGUUUGAUGUCAAUUAAAUAUUUGUUUUAAACAGGCUUUUGCAAUGGGGAGGACCUACAUCUUUUACCACUGGAACCAGUUUGAUCUUAUAAUCAUAGUAGUGGGAGUUGUAGAUGUCAUGAUUAUUAACCUCUUUAAAACACUCAGUACAACGUAUCAUAUGAUUAAUACUAUCAGGAUAUUUCGGUUUAUUCGUGUUUUAAGAAUUCUGCGGCUCUUUAAGGUAAAAAAAAUUGAUCAUUUUUUCAGUAAUGUGUUACGCUUUGUUAGUAGAAAACUAUAUUUUCUUCUGUGGUUCAGGAAUUGGGUAUUUUUUUGGGUGGGGGGAGAACCUUCUGUUGACAGACAGGACUUCUAGAAAAAAUGACAUCGUUGGGAGGGGCUUUUCCUCAAUUCCUAUGAAUGACUUCACUCAAUUCCUAAGCUGCCUUGAGUCCAUGUCAGGAAAAAAGGCAGGGUAUAAAUAAAUAUAAUAAUAAUAAUAAUAAUUCCCAGAGCAAUCCUGCUUCACUAGAAUGUAGCAGGCACUUGGCAUGAGUUGUAGCUGAGCGUUUGUGACAUUGUUUUAAAAGCAGCUUAUUGAAUUUGUGGAAGAUAUAGUCCUAUGGUCCUGGCUGGGUAAUGUUGAAGGAGCUGUAAUGGUCUGGUAUGACCAUUAACUGUGCAAUACAUGAUAUAUGUAUAUUUUAGUACAUUAUGUAUUUCAGCUUGUGAUACCUAGAACGAUUUAUUUAUUGGAGAAACAAAUAAACAGACAGCUCACUUUCCGGUAUGAUAUCGCUAAAGGAUAUGUUCAAGGUGAAGAAGAUACAAAUUGUUUAAUUGGACAGAUUGCUGGCCAUGAGAGAGUUUAUCAAGUGAGUACAUGACUUCACAUUUUAAGCAGAAAAUUUCAUCACUUGUGAUACCAUUCCUUAAAGCAGGGACGAGGAACCUGUGGAACCAGAUGGACUACAGCUUCCAUCAUACCUACCCAUUGGCCAUACUGACUGGGGUGGUGGAGUGCAACAAUAUCUGAAGAGCCACAGGUUCCCAUUUUCUGCUUUAAAGAGUCGAUAAUAUAUUUUGAGAAGAACUCUUCACAAGGGGAUUACAGGCUAUUUUGUACUUGUAAAAAGCUCAGAGCACACGGAAGUAGUUCAGGCUAGUAGAAUCUAAAAAAAUAUGAAUGUAACAAGAUCAAGAUAAGAGAACUGAACCUUAACGAAACAGCUUGGUUUCCGUCAAGCAACCACAUUAAUUUUAAGUACCAUAGGAUGAUGCCCUCUGAAGUAGUAGAGAGGACAGCCCCAAAUAACGUGGACUGCUCAAAACUAAAGAAAUGAAUAUCUUCCAUUUAAAUGCCCCUUUCCAAAGUUAAAGAAAAAAUGGCUCCCUCCAAUGGAACUCAGUUCAGAUAUAACACUUAGUUGUUAGGAAAUGGGAAUCAUGCCACAGAUUUCUCCCCUCCCCAUAUCUCACUGAAAUGAACCAGCAUUGCCUGGUGAGUAUUGUAAACCAUGGUUUGUAUUCUAGCUGGAAUCUGCUUUAUAGUUGUCUUUAUUUUAAGUGCUUUAAGCAUUUAGGUUGUGGGCAAGAAUAAAAUCAUACUUAAAAAAUAAGUACAGAAAUACGUAUGUACUAUUAAAAAUUGGUAUAAUUAUUCAUUAGUGGCUAUAGAUAUGUAAUUACCUUUCAAGGAAACUCGAGUUCUGUUUAACAUAUAAGGUGUAUUUUCUCCCUUUUUACAGGAAAUACAUAGAAUAUUGGAAAUGAACAAACAAGAGGCUAUGAAAGAGUUAGGUAGGAAUAUAAUGAGGUAUACAGUGGUGCCUCGGGUUACAGACGCUUCAAGUUACAGACUCUGCUAACCCAAAAAUAGUACCUCGGGUUAAGAACUUUGCUUCAGGAUGAAAACAGAAAUCGUGCUCCGGCGGCGCAGGCGGCAGCAGGAGGCCCCAUUAGCUAAAGUGGUGCUUCAGGUUAAGAACAGUUUCAGGUUAAGAACAGACCUCCAGAACGAAUUAAGUUCUUAACCCGAGGUACCACUGUACAUACAAAUUGUUCUGGGUAGUUCUUGAGAAAUAAUUUAUACUUAUUUAAUUCCAAUUUCCAAAACUUUUAUAAAAUUCUGAGGAAAAUUUAAAGUCCUAAGAUAUUGUAUUUAUUAUUAAGACUGCUCCUGCUCCUCUUGAAUUCAGGAAACAGGCAGGGUUUUUUUGAAAUGGGGUUACUUACAGCAUAAGUAAACAGCAAAGGGGAUCAUUGUGGCAAACAGUAUUUUCAGGCAAGAAAUGUUUGAUCCCAACUCAACUGAAAGAAAAUUGUUUAGGUAACUAAUAUUUUAAUUUGUUUUAGGGUUAAUGCAGCGUGAUUAUCCAGAGAUUGUCACAGGCGUGAAAACCAAACAAGCAGUCCAAACAGUGCUAAACACAGCUUCUGAAACACUAAAGUUUAUGAUAUCGGGAGGAAUUGUUGACAAAACUGAAGGUGCUGAACUACAUAAGGUAAUUUUUAAAAUCCACACCUAUGUAUAUAUCUGUGCCUAACUAUAACUGUAUCACCAUAUCUUUCAUUAGUAGAUUAAUGUCCUACCUUUUGACUAGAGUUUCCAAAGCAGCUAGGAAAACCCUCCUGGAGCACUGCUAAAACAGCCCCACUAGAGCAGGAGCUGCAACAAAAGUUCCUUUCCACAGUGCAGUUGCUGUAAGUUGCAAUUGGCAUAGGACUGACUGUGUAUACAUGUGUAUACAACUUACACGUAUAUUAUGAGAAAGCAGAAAGUAGCAGUGAAAAACAAGUUAUGCAGAGUAUACUUGUACAUUACAAAAUACACAGUUGAGAUCAAAAUGGAGUCAGGGCUCAGGACUAGCAUCCUUUCCCAUCAGCUACAUGACAGAGAAAAAAGACUGAGCUCUGAGCAUGGAGGAGGUAGUAAGGAUUAUUUUCCCAUUGUUACUUUUCUUGCUAGGGCAAGCAAAGGAUGUGACCUCACAGAAUGCCCUCUCUAGGAAUUUACAGGGGGGAACUCCAUGUGUCUUAACCCUUUGCUUACUUAGCAACACAUGACGUUUUAUUUUCGCUGCAAUCAUUUCCCACAGUUCUGGACUAGUUUCUGUAGAUUGUAAGAUUACUUUUCUUCUUUAGAUGAUUCUAAUUAAAAAACAACAGCUUGCAACACUUCCAUCUACGAUUGCACCUCCUACUGCACAAGAACUUCUGCGUAAUGUCAUUUGGCUACAGAAUGACAAAAAACAGGUAGAAUACAUUCAGGUAAGCAUUGUCGUAAAACAUAUUUCUAUGCUUAAAAAUAGUCUGUGUCUUAUUUAUACAAGGCCCCAAGAAUGUAGAUCCUUCAUUCCAUGGGAGAUUUCCGAUCCUGCUCCACUCAUCAGGAGCUACCUGGCCGACUGGCCAGCCAGCCUUGCAUCCGUGCAUUGAAUUUGUCAUCUGAAUAUGAUCUGUUAUCUCAGAAUCCAAGGCUCGUCAGCCCACUCUUUUUACUCUUAUUGCACAAUUACUACUCCUUGAUUUUGAUGUGUAAUAUUUUUCAUUUGUCCGGUGCAGUCAGAUUGUACACAGAGAGAGCUUAUACAUUCAGAUUCAAAGGAAUGUAAUGCAUCAUUAUGUGUGUCAACCAACAUUUAUUUCCAAAACCCAUCCCUAUUCAUUGCUUUCUACAACCUGACCUCCCAUCUUCUGAAAACUGCUGCUGCUUUAACAAAAAAAAAUCAUUUUUUCUUCAUUCUCACUUCCUGUGAUACCUUGGCCUUACAAAGAUAGAAUAUCUCCAUGUGAGAUGACCACUUUUUCUAUUUUUCCCAUUGGACUCUGCUACCCUGACCAGUGUGCUGGGAGCUCCUGUCCCCACCCAUCUCUCAUGAAUGUGUGAUUUUCUUAUUUACUCCCUAUGUUUGACUAUGUGUUUGGAACCCUGCCCUGGGAUAAGGGGAGCUGUUUUUGAGGGGUGAUUUUUGAAUGGGUAACAUGACACCCUUCUCCAAUGUCUCAUCUUAUCAAAAUGACAAUCUUCUGGUGAUUUUUUUGUUGUUUUAAAAUGCUUAGACUUUUUUAUGCAUAUGUGUAUACUGUCUAAGUUGUCCUUGAGUUUUUCACUUAUAUAAAUAUGUCAGUAUUUCUGUUUAACCUUUAAUCAAUGUGAACAUUUUGUAGGCUUUGUAUUUCAAUUAUCUAUUUGUUAUUUGACAUUUUAAUGAAUAAUGAUGAAUAGGAUUUCAAGAUGUCUAACUUUCUGAACCCAAAUGUUGGUUAAUUUUUCACUGCCUCAAACCAGAUACUGUUGUCUCUCUCAAGUGUUAUGUUUCCAUUUCUCAAAACAUCUUUGUCGUAGAUUUGCAAAGUUUUUAUCAGUUUCCUAUAGAUUGGAAAACACAAUGAAUGACUACUAUUAAUGACAUUUACAAGUUAUGCCUUUCCAGACACACCAUAAAACUACCAUGCACAUUUAAACUGUCUCUUUUACAUAUCUCACCUUUAUGUUACAUAGUCAGAAUACUUUUAAACCUUCUAUACUAAGAUAUAAUAGAUAUCCAAUCAGUAUUCCAUUUGUUUAUUUAAAACUUUUUAAAUAAAUUGAAUGUAUAUUUGCUGAUUCUUCAGGUAUUAUCUGCCCAUUAUCUUUCUGCCAUAUAUCUAUAAAACAUCUUACACUGCAGUCUACUUAUUAUAAAAUGUUGCUGUAAAUAGUACUCCUUUGCUGUCCUCCCAAAGUAAGUUUUCAGAAAUAUCUUAAGAAAUCUUAAAAUAUUUAUGUCCCCUCAUUUUGUUGGCAUACUUAAUAAUGUACUGUGUGUCUUAUGCUCUGUAAUACUUUCUAUACCAUGUUCAUUUAUUUGCUAUUUUCAGAGAAAAGCAACAAUUCUUUAUUAUGAUUAUGGAGAUAUGAUAUGUGAGGAAGGUGAAUUACCACAAGGAAUCCAUUUAAUUGUAUCAGGAAUGAUAAAGGUAAAUGAUAGUUAUAGACAAAAUACCUGAGCAACAUAAAUAACUGGCAAGAAAAUAGGGACAUCACAAUGGUGGAGAAUAUUAUACUAAAUAUAAUUUAUAACUUUUUACUGCAAGUCUUUAGCACACUUUUCUUGACUUUAACUUUUUAUAGGGAUAUAUAUGGUCAUGACUUAUUUUUUUAUCUGCUUAUGCAGCUGUAACAUAAAUAGCACCUUUUUGUCACUAUCACCACCAACCUAUAAACCUGUAAAUGGAUUAUGUGGGGAAAUCAAUUGUCCACAUCCACUUUUGCCUCAUGAGGGAAAUUCCACACAGGUUGAAAUAUUCAAGUUGCUACGUUCAUAUGAGUAAGAUUUUCCUUUCACCUAUUGCCCAAAUAUAAAGCUUUGUAUCCUUGCUGUCACCAACAGGGAAAGGGAGGAAUUGCCAGGUAAAUGCUCCUGUACAUUUAUUUGAGACUGUGAAUGUCCCUUGCCCUCCAAGUGCUUCUCAGACAUUAUUUCUCUUGUUGGCUAUGCGUAAAAAGUCCCAAUUCUUAGGAGUCCUUUUGGACUAUCACAGUCACAAAUCAGAAAAGGGUUUUCCCCUUUCUUUUCUCAGACGCAUAAGAACCACAAGAAGAGCCUGCUGGAUCAGGUUGACAGCACAUGUAGUACAGCAUCCUGUUCUCACAGUGGUCAAACAAUUGCCUGUGGGAAGCCAGCAAGCAGGAUUUGAGCACAAGAGCACUCUCCCCUCCUGCAGUUUCCAGCAACUGGUGUACAGAAACAUUGCUGCCGCCAGCUGUGAAGGCAGAGCAUAGCCACCAUGGCUCACCGUGACUAGUAGCCAUCAGUAGCCCUGUCCUCCAUGAAUUUGUCUCAUUCUUUUUUAAAGCCAACCAGUUGGGUGGUUAUCUCUGCCGCCUAUUGGAGUGAGUUCCAUAGUUUAGCUAUGUACUGCAUGGAGAAGUACUUCCUUUUAUCUGUCCUGAGUCUUCCAACAUUCAGCUUCAUUGUAUAUCCACAAGUUCUCGUGUUAGGAAAGAGGGAGAAAAACUUUCCUCUAUUCACUUUAUCCAUGGUUCUAGAUUCAGGUAGGUAGCCGUGUUGGUCUGACGCAGUAGAAAUAGAUAGAUAGAUAGAUAGAUAGAUAGAUAGUCCAGUAGCACCUAAGAGACCAACUAAGUUUGUUUUUGGUAUGAGCUUUCGUGUGCAUUGCAUGCACACACACACGAAAAGUCAUACCAAGAACAAACUUAGUUGGUCUCUUAGGUGCUACUGGACAUUUAAAAAAAUAUAUAUUUCCACUUUAUUCAUGCCAUGCAUAAUUUUAUAAACCUCUUAUCAUGUCACCUCUUACUCUCCAUUUCUCUAAACUAAACAGUCACGAAUGUUGCAUCCUUUCUUGGCAUGGCAAUUUGUAGUCGCUUGCAUGAAAGGCCUCUUCUUCUUCCCUCUCCUUUCCCUUUUCCAACUCCUAUACUGGCAAGGACAAAUUUUAUUUUAAUUUAAAUGCAGCUGCUGUGCAAAAAUGUUUCUCUGCAAAUGAGCUGUUUAUAAAAUAAAAAUACCACAAACUGAUGGAAAAAGGCAGGCUCCAUCAUUUCCUUUGGAGUGAUGGAAACAAAAUGAAAGUAGUGGAUGUGGCAACAGAAGGCACUAAGCAAAAUGUCACCACCACAGUUGUAAAAAAAAAGCCCAUCCAUACAAUGUGGUUCAAUGCAUCCACAGUUGAAUAAUGUGCAAUUUUAUUUUGGAUUUUAUUCCCAUAUCAGAUUAUCUGCUGAUUGGGAAAAUCCAAAUUUAGCAGGGGGGAAAUGUGGAAACUUGGAUGAGAAGGUUGGCUUGUGGCCAUUGCAAAAAAAUAAAAAUAAAAAUAAAAACACAAACAGCUUCAAAUCUUAACUCUGAUGUAGAUGAACCCGUUAACUGGCUACAGUGAUCCAUGCUCUUAUCACCUACCUGAAUUAUUUAAAAUUCAUUUACGUUUUGGUUUCUUUGAGGAAACCAUUUCCCCCCAUACAUUAUGUGCCUUCUCAUGCACUUCACUGAACAUCAGGUCCUGCUCUGCGUCCCUCUGCUAAUUGAAGUUCGGCGGCUGGACACAAUGAACAAAGCCUUUUCAGUUGUCCUGAUUCUUUGCAAUGAGCUCUGAGCAGCCAUAGGAUUGCUUCCUUAUUUCCAGUAUAGAGGUGUCCUUACAACAGUUGUAUGAAUUUAGACAGAGACGAGCCCAAUAUCAUUUUUGCCUGAUCAGCCCUCUUUCUCCAGUUUUUGCCCCAAUUCUCAUGAUAUGUUUUAUAUUGCUCCCUGUCCCAGCCCCUACAAGCUUCACAGAUGCCUCUGGCCUCUUCUGAGCUUGAACAGAUACUUCAUGUUGUAAUUCAACCUUUUACCUAGUGGCUUUCUCAGCUGUCCCUUCCUGUUGCUCCUGUUAAUAAAAUCAGUCAUAUAGGAAUAGAAAUAGCUUUGAAUAGGAUUUUUAAAAACUGUUCAAAUCCCCAGAAUACUGAAGCUGCUAUGUUUCCAAUUCCAAAACUCAUGUAUUUUUGGAAACAUCCAGUGAUGUCUACCUGCUUGCACAAUGGCACUUCCAGUUUCUGUGUUUCCCCUCCCCACUCCUGGUCAUCCCGAAAAUCUGUACCAGAGUGUCCCACAGUUCUCUGAAGCAGAUUUUGGGAGCAUACGGGGAAAGAGAGAAGCGAGUGGGUGCCUUGCAUGAGUGACUGUCCACUUGCACCAUGUUGGAUCUCACUCUUAGUAAAUAUAAUUUUUCAAAAAUAUCAAAAACUAUUUUGACAUAUAAACAGCAGAAGAGUCAAUAUGGAGCUUAACAUCCUGUUAUAUUUCAAAGUAUCUUUUAUUGUGGCUAAACAAUGGUCAGAAUUGUUCCCUCGUCUUUGUAUGCUAAUUUAAGUAUACCACAGUGAUCGACAUAUGUUUAUUGCAUGAAAAAGUGGAACACGUGCACGCACACAACUUAUAUUAAAUCUUCACAGGCUUUUCUUUUUUGCUUUCCUCUCCUCCUAAUUGUCAUAAUGUCUUGGCUUAAGUAAUGAUAGCAAUUUCGUCUCCCCCUCAUAUACAGCCUUCAGAUAAAAAGGACAAAAUACCUUAGUUCACCUCAGCAGAAAAAAAUAGUAAAAUAACAGUAAAUUACUUUUAGACUUUCAUCACCUAAUUUUUUGCUUUGCCUGGAGAAGUCUUUUUCCUCCUCAGCUUUUCUGAAUUUAUAAUAAUAAAGAAGGUUAUGAUUAAUUUGCGGAUAAAGUAACCCUUCUACAAAUGUACCCUACUCAAUAAAUGAACAAGCUGCUUACAUUAAUUAAAGUAAUGUCAUCCUGUGCCCAAAUUGCUUGUGCUAAUAAGGCAAAUUGGCAACAGCAAGCAUUAAGCGUGAUUAGUCAUAUGUAUCUAAUGUCAUCACCAGUGCCUAUAAUUGUCUGCAUAGAGAGAAUUUCACAUCUGUUUUAAAUCAUUUGUAUGGUCUCUGAAAAUGAUGUUCAUUCCUGUAUUACAUGAAAUACAUUCUUCAGAUCUUGUGUUGCAUCAUAAAAUUGGUUCAUAAUUUAAAACACAAAUUACUGGAUACUGAAAUGGAUAGUACUUUUAUUUAGACCUAUAGCCUGCCAAAUGCUCAGGAAUUCCAAGUAGGUAGUAACUUUAUAAAAUAAGACCAGUGAGACAAGAGUUAAGAAAUUCAGCUAUAUGUGAACUAUAUGCUUAUCCCAAGCUUGCCAGACCCCAUAGGGAAAUUGUCAGUAAUAGUGGUAAAAGUUCCAUCAGCUGUGGUGCUUAAGGAGGUAUUCUCUUUUUUAUACAGUGGUACCUCAGGUUACAGACACUUCAGGUUACAGACGCUUCAGGUUACAGACUCUGCUAACCCAGAAAUAGUACCUCGGGUUAAGAACUUUGCUUCAGGAUGAGAACAGAAAUUGUGCAGCGGUGGCGCAGCAGCAGCGGGAGGCUGCAUUAGCUAAAGUGGUGCUUCAGGUUAAGAACGAACCUCUGGAACAAAUUAAGUUCUUAACCUGAGUACCACUGUACAUCAUUGCUUAACAGGUUGUAGUGCUUGGAAACAGUAAAGAACACUCCAGUUUGCUAGCAGUAGUUGUGCACAAGAGAGCGACGUGCCUUUGCAGGACAGUAGAGUAUCUGCUAGAGCUGGGCAAAGCCUCUCUGAUUUGGUUUGGGGCAGUGUCGUUUAGUCGUGUCCGACUCUUCGUGACCCCAUGGACCAGAGCACGCCAGGCACUCCUGUCUUCCACUGCCUCCCGCAGUUUGGUCAAACUCAUGUUGAUAGCUUCGAGAACACUGUCCAACCAUCUCGUCCUCUGUCGUCCCCUUCUCCUUGUGCCCUCAAUCUUUCCCAACAUCAGGGUCUUUUCCAGGGAGUCUUCUCUUCUCAUGAGGUGGCCAAAAUAUUGGAGUCUCAGCUUCAGGAUCUGUCCUUCCAGUGAGCACUCAGGGCUGAUUUCCUUCAGAAUGGAUAGAUUUGAUCUUCUUGCAGUCCAUGGGACUCUCAAGAGUCUUCCCUGUUUGGUGUAGAUAUGUUUGGACUCACAGCAACCUGAUUCAGAGUCCAAAUCAAGAUUCAGAAAUCUGAAACUUGCAUUCCCCAUUGACUUGCAUUGGGAACCCAAAAUGGUAACCCCCCCCCCAAUAAGUGCAUGAAAAUUGUAGACGUAUUAGCCCCUUAAAAGAAAAUUUACUCUGCUAGAUCUCAGACAUAUAGAUCCAGUGUGUUUCAUGCUAGCUAUGUUUAAAGUUUGCACGGUCUUUAACAUUUUGAAAAAAGUAAUUGAGUGCUCUGUUGGAAUCCUGCCAAAUCUCAUGCACCAGUUUUGCUUGCUCUAUUAAGAUAUUUUUUUUAAAAAAAUUGAUUAAAGGGUGCAACUCCAUCUCUCAGGCACCUAAGUAAAAAAAAACCAGACACCCUAGCCGGAACAUCUCCCAAGUGCAGAGCUGAAUUACUUCCCUGAAAGACAGUGAGGAAGAUCCUUCUGUACAUGGAUACAAAGCCUGACGUUAAAGAACAGAAUUUGGGGUGUAGAAGUUGGAAAACAGUUGAAAAGUCAGGAAAUUAGAUAUGCCCAUAUCUGUUCACAGUAUCCAUUUCAAAUUUUGUGUGGGAGGCCAGUGCACAAAGAACUUGGAGGGCUUUGGUGCAUUGUGCACAUGUAUGCACAGGAAAUCAACAUAUUUUUAAAAUAGAACUGGAAACUAGGGGAAAUACAAACAUUUUCUGUCAGCCAACCCAGAAGUCUCCCAAAUGGUCACACCUCCCCCUCUGAUUCAUAGUGGGCAGCCAUGUUGGACUUCAUUUUACCUAUUUUUUAAGUCUUUGGCAGCCCCACUACUCUCUAUGGAGGUACAGAUAUCACUGCUGCUGAGGAAGACUUGCAAUGUGAGAAACAGUUGACUCAGCUCAAAUCUUCCCACUUUGCAGUCCAGAGAUACAUCAUAAUGAUGGUCUUAUGGCUCUAGCAUAACCUAAUUUUGGAAUUGGAGCAGGAGGGUCAUGUUCCUUCUGUUAAGCACAAGAUCUUCAAUUGGACAAUCUUAUAUAAUGUUACAUAAGGCAAAUACCAUCUAACUUCAUAAGAAGGAGCUAAAGAAUUUAGCCAAAAGUAUGAAAGCCACCAUUUGAUAGCAAGCAGAACAUGUUUCAGAGAUGGCUAGCUGGUGUUACCAAUGUAUCUACAUAUGUGUUUAAACAGUGCAAGAAAUGUGAAUCUUGACAUGGUCAGCAUUUACAUGUAGUUGCAUUUGUGUGAGAAGAGAAAUAAAGAUGUAUUUAUUAUUUUUAAGUAAACUUCAAUGAGUUCCUUUUGAACACAGUAUGACUUACCUCAGCAUUAACAUGUAUAGAAUUGCAGUCUUAGUAUUGUACUUUUCUGAAAAUGUAGCAAGUGUAGAUUUUGAAAGCUAUUACUGGAACAAGGGUGGAAUUCAGGUAGCGCUCAGGCAGUCUUCCCAUCAGUGUAAGGAUUUCUCCUUGCGCAAUGUAACAUCCUCCUCCCCAUCCCCUUCACCCCUCAACUCUGCUCUAGUGUCCCCCACGCCCUCUGGAGCAGAUCUGGGUACAGCAUGGGGUGAGAGCAGGGAAAUCCCAUUGGGUAUGCAGAAGUCGUUUUGCCUGUGCAAUUAUUCAGUUGAAUGCUGCCAAAGAUCUACAGCAGAUCUUACUUUUUUUCUAUCUGAGAUUAAAUAUUGUUUUCCUUCCUUUAAAAAUUGUUUACUAGCUUUCUGGUUCCAUUCCUCGUUAUGGAGUUAGCAAAGAAGCUUUUAAAGAAAUCCGCGCACGUCUUCCAAUCACUUCCUAUACAGACUACCUGGUUGCUGGGGCUAUAAUAGGAGAACUCAACUGCUUGACGAAGCAAGAAAUGGAGUAUAGCGUUACAUGUGAAACUGCUGUGCAGGUUGGAGAAUUCUGCUUUCCAAUAUGUUACAUGAAAUUCAUUUUGCUUAAUAAUUGGCAAUAGAUUUAAACUAGAGCGGAAGUGAAAUUCUGUGUAUUAGUGAAACCUGGUUUUUUACAUUUUAAUCCAGUUUUGAAUUUGGGAAUUCUUACAAAUUUCGUCUUAGAACAUGAGAACAUAACCAGCAUUCACUUCUCACUGUGGCCAACCAGAUGACUAUAGGAAGCCCACUAGGAGGACAUGAGGACAAUAGUACUUUCAUGCUCUUGAUUUCCAGCAACUAUUACUCAAAGGUGUAUUGCAUCUGACACUGGGGGUAAUAAUGGACUAGCUGACUAGCUGACAGUGACAACCUUAUUCUCCAUGAGUUUAUGUAAUCCCCUAUUAAAGCAGUGCAAGUGGAUUGCCAUCACUACAUCUUGUAGUAGCAAAUUCCAUAAAUUUUUCUAUGUGCUUUGCAAAGUAGCAUUUCCAAUUUUCUGUUGUGAAUCUUCCAACAUUCCGCUUAAUUGGAUGAUCCCCUAGUAAUAUGAGAGAGAAACAUCUCUUUCUCCACAUGGUGAUAAUUACCAGAGUUAAAGGAAUGAUGGGAAUUAUGGUACAACAUCUGGAGGGUGCCACUUGGUUAUCCCUACUGACAUGAAAGUUGGGGAAAUGGACACAACAGCAAAAGCAGCUAAUGAAAUUUUGAAUUUAGGCUUAAAACAAUAAAAACUUUGAACUGAGUCAAAUUAGAACUGUAUACAGUGGUGCCUCGCAAGACGAAAAGAAUCCGUUCUGGGAGUCUCUUCGUCUAGCGGUUUUUUCGUCUUGCGAAGCAAGCCCAUUGAUGGGAUUAGCGGAUUAGCGCUAUUAGCGCUAUUAGCGGCUUUUAGCGGCUUUUAGCAGCUUAUCAGCUUAUCGGAUAAGCAGAUAAGCGGCUUAGCGACUUAGAAAAAGAGGGGGAAAAGGGGGAAAAAAACCCAGGAACUCGCAAGACAUUUUCGUCUUGCGAAGCAAGCCCAUUGCAGAUUCGUUUUGCGAGGCACCUCCAAAACGGAAAACUCUUUCGUCUAGCGAGUUUUCCGUCUUGCGAGGCAUUCGUCUUGCGGGGCACCACUGUACAAGAGUGGAAGAUCUUGAAAAUCGCAGCAAUCAGCCUGAGAAUCCUGCAUUUAAUCAGAAGAGGUUUCUAGUGAAGUAACAGAGCUGUAUGAAAGCAGCCAUUAAAAGCAUCUGCAAAAGCAAAGUGUAUUGUACAUAGAAGCAGAAAUUACCAGGCAAUGUAUUUUUCUUUUUAGCAGAAAGGAAGGAUUUGGAGCAUAAACAUAAGUAAUGUAACUAUGUACAGUUAAUAGACAAAAGGAAAGGAUUGGAAACACUGGAAAUUAUGCUGUGGAGAAUAGCAAUAGUGAUUCAGGACCUUACCUUCAGUGGUGGCAGCACUGCAGCGACAGCAGCAGUGAUUUGAUCUACUAUAGCACCUGCCUGCAAGCCACCCACCAUCUUGAUAGUCCCACAAUGCCCGAGUGCAGCUGUAUCCAGAGGUUAUUGCUGCUGGGAUCCAAAGAAUCACACAGCUACCUCCAUUCAUCAAAGAGGUGUUUGGGUUUCCUACACAGUGACCCUCUAUUCUAGGAGGCAAAUUGCUUUUGAAAUUGAGGAGACGUAGCAAUAUCCUCACUGGGCAUGCCUAACAUUUUUGUUAGCCUUUGGAUCCCAACUACCAAGAGGAAUCCUGACAGCAGAAACAAUUGUCCCAUUGCUAUAAUGUUCAAAUUGGCCCCAGAAGGGUAUGGUUUAAAGCAGCAACUUUUCUCUUGUGCGAUAAUUCUUAAGAAAUUUAAUUUAAAUACAGAAAUGUCUCUUUCCCCCUAGGAAUAUAUAAUUUAAAUGAAAUGUAACAAGAAUUUUAAUUGUGCAGAAUUUAUCUUCUUUCUUAGAAUGUAGCACUCAAAAUGUUUGGAAAUAUGCAAACACCGUUGCUUUGAUUAAAGGUUAUCAUUUCUCAUUUUCUUGCUUUAUUUUUUCAGACAUGUUUUAUCUCUAUAGAUGAUUUGCUAGAAGCUUUUGAUAAGUUUUUGGAACCCCCCUCCCUAGAAUAUAAAAUAUGGCUGAAACUUGCUCUUGAUAUUGCUCUCAGAACUUUCAAGGAAAACCUUCCUAACCAGGUAGGCACAUGUGUUCUUGCAUGUGUAAUAUGUAAUACAUUUCUGUGUUGUCUGCAGUCACACACAAAAAAACUGUAUAGAAAUCUACAUCUUAAAUUUAUGUGAGACAAUUAGGCAUAUUUAACUGGUCAGUAUUUUACCAAUUUUGCAGUGAGUAGCUCCUCCCACUAAAAUCAGGCAAAAUCACCCUAGUGAGGGUGAAUUUUGGAGAAUCUGAGCCCUGACCUGAACUGGCUUUUCUUCUGGUGUCCACCUUCUACGCCAGGCAUAGGCAAACUCAGCCCUCCAGAUGUUUUGGGACUACAACUCCCCUCAUCCCUGACCACUGGUCCUGUUAGCUAGGGAUGAUGGGAGUUGUAGGCCCAAAACAUCUGGUGAGCUGAGUUUGCCUAUGCCUGGCGUAGAAGGUGGACACCAGAAGAAAAGCCAGUUCGGGUCAGGGCUCAGAGCUGAACAUAGGGAGACUUGAUGCUGUUGGACAGAAGUCCCCAGAGGAACCUUCUGGACCACUAAGACCUAUCGGGCCAGACCCCAGACUCAAGAGGAACCUUCCCUGAGCCUGAAGAACCAAAAGCUUCACAGUGCACAUCGUCAAUCCAGCAGUGUAAGGAGUGUACCAGGAGGGAGGCUGUGGAUCAGAGGAGUGUCCCCCUUCAGGUCAGAGGGUUCACCCUCUUAAGGUGCUGAAGUUUUCUGCAAGGGGGUGGAGCCUAGAGGAGGACGUCCACUCCCAGUCUUCAUGUUGCUCACUUGGAUCUAUCUGUGGUCCAGCAACCUUUUUAUUCUCACAACUCUGACAUAGGUUGGGCGGAGAUACUGUACUGGCCAAAGGUCAUCCUCAGUAAGCUUCAUGACUGAAUGGGGAUUUGAACCUAUUGUCUCCCCAGUUCUAUUCUAUACUGGAUUGUCUAGAGGAGUUAGACCAUGACUAGACUUUAAUUAAUUCAUAACUUGCUUAUGGUUGUUGGAAUACUAGAAAAAAGCAUAACUUCAAUCAACUAUGGAGUUUGAACUGAAAUGUUGAUUGGCAUUAAAAUGUCUAAAACUGACAUACAAUAAAGGGAAAGUAAAAUGGAAUAUGUGAUUUUUGUUGUUGUCUUGGAUUAAAUAAUUGGGUUAAUACGAUGGCACACCAAGGUUGUUACACAUAGUAGAUAACUAAAGUGUUGUUACAGCUGAAAUGGUGUAAUCAAGGUUGUGUAGAGGUGUGGAUUUGUUUGCUCAUCAUUUUAGAUUGUCUGACUGGAUUGUUGUGUAAAACUUCCAUUUUAAACUUUGUUAAUAAAAGUGGUCUAAACCACUGAGCCUCUUGGGUUUGCUAAUCAGAAUGUAGGCAGUUUGAAUCCCGACGACGACAGGGUGAGCUUCCGUUGCUUGUUCCCAGCUCCUGCCAACUAGUAGUUCGAAAGCACGCCAAAAAGUGCAAGUAGAUAAAUAGGUACCGCUCUGGCAUGAAGGUAAACAGCGUUUCCAUGCACUGCUCUGGUUUCGGUGUUCUGUUGCGCCAGAAGCGGCUUAGUCAUGCUGGCCACAUGACCCGGAAGCUGUACGCCGGCUCCCUCGGCCAAUAAAGCAAGAUGAGUGCCGCAACCCCAGAGUCGUCUGUGACUGGACUUAACUGUCAGGGGUCCUUUACCUUUACCUUUUUAAUAAAAGCAUAAUGAGGGGAUAACUAAAUAGAAUACAUUCAAAACUAUUAACUUGAAAACUAACUGCUUAUGCUGGGCAAUCUUUUACAUAAUUUACUUGCUUAGCGAACAGGCCAAGGAAAUAAUGAAGGUAAGUACGCAUACCUUCAUUUACCAAGUCAUUGUCAUAUGCAACAGUAUAAAACAGAAAGCCUAACAGCACCACUAAAUAAAAUGUAAAUAUAAACUUACCAAUGCUAGACUGAUUUUCUUUGAGCUAUUUAAAGUUUAAGCCACUAUACUCAUAUCAUAUUUCAACUUCUGUAAACAACUGCAGAAACUGUAUCAUAUGACUUUUCAUUGUAGGACUGGAAUUACAAGAUGUGUGUGCAACUUUCUAAUAUUUAUUUGCUGGAUGUACCAAACCACACCAAAUGUGACAUUUUUGAUGGGAGUAUGGAUGAGGUCAUUCUUGUACACGGAACUGUUCUAGAUUGUCAACUAGGGCAGCGUUACUAUGCACCAUUUCUUUUACCUAAAACCUGCCAUCAGGUAAGGAUGUUUGCCCUCUAACUAAUUCAUAGUAUAUCUUCAGCACUGGGAAGAGGGGAAAGAAGAGGAAAAGAGUUAGUCUUUGGUGUUUCCAAGUAUUUUUUAAAACAAAACAAAAUGGUCACCAGAGCAACUGUUCUAUUUUAGUGUUACAUUGGGACAGUUGUUGGCUUGUACGGAAUGAAAUUAAAUAAAUAAAUAAAUAAAUAAAUACACACACCCAAAUUUAGAAAACAGCUUGGAUAAGGAACUUGUGUCACAGUUAUUAGUUAUAUCAUGGAUAUCUUUGAAUGAAUGUUCACAACAUGUGUUAAACCACAAUCCAUAGAUUGCCUCUCAUUGCAACAUUAACUGCAUGCAGGUAAGCAAGUUUCUGCAACCGCAUCCUUAGCUGUAUCUGGUACAUAGAAAUGUGCUUCCUGCCACUUGAUAGCAGCCACAGCUACUUUGUAGUGUGUUCUAGGGUUUGAAUGUGCAUGCAAAAAUGCAUGCUGUUGUAAACAUAGUUAGAUUGGGGGCAUAAUGUUUUCUGUGAUUUUCUAAAAUGUAAGGCAAAGGUAAAGGACCCCUGACAGUUAAGUCCAGUCACAAAUGACUCUGGGGGUGCAGUGCUCAUCUCGCUUUACUGGCCGAGGGAGCCGGCAUUUGUCCGCAGACAGUUUUUCCAGGUCAUGUGGCCAGCAUGACUAAGCCACUUCUGGCGAAACCAGAGCAGUGCACGGAAAUGCUGUUUACCUUCCCGCUGGAGCGGUACCUAUUUAUCAACUUGCGCUUUUUGGCGUGCUUUUGAGCUGCUAGGUGGGCAGGAGCUGGGACCGAGCAACGGGGGCUCACCCUGUCACGGGGAUUCGAACUGCCGACCUUCUGAUCAGCAAGCCCAAGAGGCUGAGUGGUUUAGACCACAGCAACACCUUGUCUCUAAAACACAGCAGUGGUAUUUCCUGAAGGGAAAACAUCUGGACCCCCACAACUUGAAAACUUGCACACGAAAAUUAACAGCUGUACAUGUAUUUGUCUUGGAAGACAAUAAAAUUUGUAAGAAAAGAAAAAACCAUUUCACACCCGAAAUUAAAAUCCCUAGACCUUCUCCCCCACCUUUAUUAAUGCAGAUUUUCUACUGCUAGGGAAAUUAAUAGAUGUGAAAAUGCCAAAGCCUAUUUCAAAGUGGAAUUUUUUUGAAUUUGUUUCUGACAUGUUAUGUGUCAUUUAUUGAGUUGAGGGCUUCUCUCCUGUCAUGCCUCUCAGUUCUGGUUUGUCACUGCUGAGCACAUCUCAGCCAUUUUAUUUCCAGGAACAGCCAUGAGAAGAUUGUUGCUGUGCCUUUCUCUGGCAACUGGAGGGAUAGCAUCAGUCAGGGAAGCUUGUGUGACAAAAAUUUUACUUAUCCACACACAAGAGUAAGUCAUUAGCAGAUUCAGAGGAAACUCAGGGUUUACCGAAGUACAAAAAAGGCUUUAGACAAAAAUCCUAAUUGGGGAAAAAUCAUAAAAUUCAUGAGAGUCUGGGGUACAAGGGUGGGAUAUAAUGCUACUGCGUCUUGAAAAAAUGUAGUAAGAGAGUAUUUGGAAAUAUUAAGCCCAAACAUGCCUCUUGAUAAUUUUGUGUGUUGAGAGGGUGAGUUGUGGCUCCCCUUAUUGAGUAUUAUUAAAAUUAAAUUUAAAAUUGUACUGAGCCAUUAUUGUGCUCAGCUUAAUUUAACUUUUAUGUAGAAGCUAUGAAGAAGGCUGCUGCCUGGAUGACGUGUUAUUCCAUCUUUGUAUUAAGCUCAGAUGAAUUAAUUUCAAAAAUAACAAUUACCAUGGCAAUAUUCUAGGUACAAGGCACUGCAUCAUCAACAAAACUGCUGGUUGUACGAAGUUCAGAGCAAGGAGCACGAAAGAACCCUGCAGCAUCCUCAAGCAGCACUGAGGGCCACUAUCAUUCAUCUCGGCGACCUGGUAUGAAACUCAAACUCUCAGCCAUGCUGGAAGAGGAGAAUGGAGCAGGGAGGGAGGACAUAAAAUUGGCAGUACUCAUCAUAGGAGUUGCAUGGGAGAUAGGAGGAGGAAUUGGCCAGAACUGCCUCCCCUCCUCUAGCGUGCCUCCUCUGUUGGAUCUCAGUUCCUUUCAUGAAUGAAAGAAGCCUGUCCAUUCCUAGAUGGGACACACUGGAUUCAGCCACAAUAAACAGGAUAGUUAAAGUCUUCUUACAGGGAUUUAAUUUCCUGUGAAAAUUUACAAAAUAACGGGCGAAUGUAAACAAGAUAAAUUUGAAAAAGUUCUGUAUUUUAAUAUUGUAUAGGGUUUUUUCUAAUUCCCCAAAAUUCAUGCAAGUUUUAAAGCCCUUUAAACUUUACAGCUGCCUUGGGACAUGUUUUUGGAAUGAAUCUUUCCAGUCCAAGUACAAUAAACUCUGAUUUGGUAAGUAUAAGUGUAUAUUAAAUGUAAACCAAAUUUGAUUCUUACACCUUGGGUGUUGCUCCAAACCAAAUAAGGAUUUGGAGUUGCUUGCAUGAAAGGCUCCUGUUUCCGUUCUUCCACUUUUUCUUUCUUGCCUUCUAUACCUGUAGGGGCAUAUGAUACUAUUUUUAAUACAGCAGUCUCAUGCAAGAGCAGUUCGGCGGAAAAGAAAGGGAGGGGCAAGGCAGCAACAAGAUGCAUUUGUGCACCAGCAGAGCCACACCAGGGAGUACAUUGCAAAGCUAAUGUAGGGUCAUUCCUUUAGUUAGAAGAACAGUGGGAUAGAGGCAAGUUGAAAUGUUUAAUUCAGAGCAGGGUACUUUCUGGACACAAUGUCAACAUUUAACACACAAUUCAUUUGAGAUAAUAAAUACAUGAAAUACCACAUUUAGGAGGCAGGCAUUAUUCAAACUGGAAACUACUGCAGUGCUUGCUUAUGCAAAGGGAAUUCAAGCCAGCAUGUUAAAUUACUAAGACAAUUGCUGAUUUGUAAUGGCAACUAGCAAAAUUGAAAUACUAGGUUUCUAUAAUGCAGGAUGUGUAAACUUAAAUAAUUGAGCCUGCAAUGCUAUAUGAUGAAUCUGUGCCCUCAGUGUCACUGGAGUGCAACUCUUGUUAUCCCUGAGCAUUAGCUGUGCUACCUAGGUCUAAUAGGCGUUGGGAGUCCAACAUCAUCUAGGCAGCCACAAGUUUCCCACCCCUUCCUCCUGUACCUAGGAGUAAGACCCACUGAACUCAGUGUGACUUACUCCACAGUAUAAAUGCAGGCAUAAAAAUUUCAUAAAGUGGAAUAAUGCAAAAUAUUCUUUGGGUUCUUAGUGACCAAAGUAUCUAAAGUCUGGUAGUGUAGCACGGUUCUCUUUUUUGGGCUGUUAAUAGGCCUUCCAUAAAAUGAGACUGCCAUCAACUGAAUAGGUUGGACUAGAUCAGAGGUAGUCAGCCUUUUUAUAUCUACUGCCAACCAACGCAUCUUUCUUGAUGGUGCAAUUUCCUUACCACCCACCAGUGCUGCAGUAACAUGUGCCGUAGAACCCCCUACCGCCCACCUGGAAUCCUGAAAUGCCCACUAGUGGGCGGUAGGGACCAGGUUGACUACCCCUGGACUAGAUGGUCCUUGGGUCCCUUUCAACUCUACAAGUCUAUGAUUCCACCAUCCGCUUUCCUGAUAAGACUGCAUAAGUAGCUGCAGUAUGUUCCAUUCUUGAGUUUUAGAUAUGUAGGGGGGAAACAAGAGAGACUGAUUCAAAAGGUCCUGGUUUAUCAACAAUGUGAUAAUUGAUCAGUUUCAAAUCUUUUAUUUGGGUAUAUAAAAAAAGAGUCACACCUACUUAAAUCUGAUGGAUCUCACUUCACUACCAGGUGACUAGUCUGAAAAUAAACAAGUGUCUAGUAAUCUAGUAAUUGUAAUAAUUCAUUUAUUAAAUUAGAUGUUUAUUAUACUGUAUGGAAAAUGUAGCUGAGACAUUUGACCAUGUAAUUUUCUCUUUUACAGGAGUAUACAUAUUUAAGCUCAAAAAACCCCAAAGUGAAAAAAUAAUGAGAAACACAUGUCAUGUUACAGCACCAGAGAGCAAGGAUAUGAGGUUUUGUAGAGAAACAAGCUUAAGUGUUAAAUAUCAGCUUGCUGAUGGAGCCAGUUUUUUUUUUAUUAGUUAGCCUUUGUUCUGUGAAAGGUUUAAAGUUAUACAAAAUUUGGCUUAGACAUAAGUGCUGGCAAAACAGCGCUGUCCAUGUAUGCACGCUAAUCUAGACUGUUCAAACUGUUUUUAGUUUAUCUGAUCUUAUUUCAGCUGUUGUAAUUUGUGUAAUAAAUUUUAAACUAAUUUAUGCCUCAAUAGAAUUCAGAUAAACACAGCAAUAACAAUGCCCAUUGAUACUGUUUUCAGAAUUAUUUACCUUUUGAUACAUGCACAGGUCUGACUGUUUAUAGCCACUGAUGCUGGCCUCGUGAACAGUUACAAAUUCACAUUGUCUACAACCACCACAAAUAUCCUUGGAGCAGAUUGCUUUUAAAAGGAGUUAAUAUACAUCACUUGAAAGUGUUUUCAGAAGGUAAACAAACUCUCUGAGAGAGGGAGGUAUUUUGUGCCACUACGUAUCAUGUGGAAUGAAAGCAAAAGGAAGCCAUGCUCACUCCAUGGGAGGGGGGAAGGCGUGCUCCUUUUAGGUACAUUAGGAUUCGGUAGUCAUGAAUUAACAGAAUAUAUAUUUUUUUAACAAGAUGCAUCCUGUGAUUUAAUUUAAAAAACAGAUACUUUUAAUCAACUCUGAAGCAAGGAUAAACCAUCAGUGCACGUUAUCUCCCAUGCACUAAAAAGAUCCCAAGUAAUCCGUUAAGUGGACUUUGUUGAUCCUAUAAAUCUUUAUUUUAAAGUAAAUUCCACUGAGUUUAGGAUUGUUACCUCAGACUUGCAUCCUGAAAAGUAUGAGCUGAAUUCAAUUCUAGCUUACUCCAACACUUUGAAAGGAACAUACUGAAAUGGAAAGUUUUCGUUUGUGUUUUAUACAGCAAAAAGGGGCCUGUUCACUUACUACUCAGUGGGGGGGGGGAAUUAAAAUUUGGAGAUACUUAAUCCUGCUCGUCACUUGGCAAAGUUUAUCACCUGAAAACUUUGGUGUAAUUACCUGGGGAUGCAGCUGCAACUAGUAAACAUUUUCACUUUGCAAACAUUUACAAGUUGGAGAACAAUUUAGAAGAGUGGGAAUACACCACACCUUUGAUGAUGAAAUCCAUUGUGGCAUACAAGGUGCCAAUACUCAUAACUAACCAAAUGAAUUCCAGUUUCUUUGAAAAAAGCAAAGAUGCUAUGAGCAUGAAAGCAUUGGAUUUAAACUCUCUUUCUACUUUAAAUGGAACAUGGGAACUACCAGUGAGCUGGAACUGACUGCAUCCACUUUUGUUUUGUAGUAGGUAAGCAGCAACAUGUUUCCUGUUUUGCUACUUGAUGUAGAAGAUCCCUCCAAUAUAGCGAAAUGUUUAUUUGAAAUGCAGGUGGGAACACUUUACAUGAACACUGCAUUUUGAAAAGCUAAAAAUAAGGGAAGAAUAAAAUGAAGUACCAGUAUACAUUUGUCUUUAUUUCUGUAUGCAAUGUAGUAUUAGGCACAUAGCUUGGGACACUUUCUAAAAUAAGUCAUUGGCCAUUGUUUAGAGUAUCCUUUUGGCUUUUAAAUACUGGUCAGGAAAACAAAUGAUGUAAAAAUAAAUGACUAACUUUCUAUGAAAAGAAAUAAAAAUGGAUUUGCAUCUAAAAGUGCAAGAGGUGAAGUACUUUAACCCUUUCACCAGACAAUGUGGCAAUAUACAUUAUAUUGCUUGUUUGAGAAGGCGGUUGGAAUUUUAUGACAUAGAAAAUUAUAAAUUACAAUUAGUUUCCAUAAUCACUAUAUAUAUAUACACAGGCCAGUUAUGAAAAAAAAAACUGGUUUAAAACUUACAAAUGAAAAACUUCACACAGAUCAAAACAGUGAAAGUAUAACAAUUAACAUGCUCAAGUGCCCAAUUUUGAUAUUUAAAAGAUAUACCUUUAAAACACGAACUGUAAUUACAUGAGCAGCAUGGGCAUUUCCUUAUAUUUAGUUGAUUUGUCAAAAGGAUUACAGUGUUUUAAAUAUGAAGAUUGUUCCAAAAAUGUUUAAUUUUAUAAUGCUCUGAAUUAAAGUACAUCUUGGUGAAUGGGUUAAAAAAGGUGAAUCACUUAAAAUACACAACAAGCCAUGUGCACUUCAAAAAUAUUCUAGUGUUUCACCUGUAAGGUAUUGUUUCAAGCAAACAAAGACUUAACAGAACAUAUGGCUUUACAGUAACAUCAAUUUGUCAACUAAAUUGUAGCAAUAAAUACUUAAAAUCUCUACCCAUAGACUUACAUUUUGAUCUGGUUUAAACAAUACAGAAAACAAUUACCAAUUGAAAAUCUGCUGUAAAAUGUUGAACACCAAAAUUCUUUUAAAAUCAUUUUUCAAAAUCUAAAACCAAAACAUUUAAAGGGCAUUGCAGAUGAACAAUUCUUUGCCAAACUGAAAGAAACAUGGACUUCAGAUAUUUUUAGGGUGAAAUAUUAUGAAAACUGCUAAAUACUUUGGUCACUAAUUGUCAAAUAGUUAUGCCUCAAAUACAUUAGAUUUGUGUAUUCACUUUUUUAUAAAACUAUUCUUACAGCCAUUUUAACUAUAGUAUCACUACUUUUGUUACUAGGGUGGCAAGAUCUUAUUUCACAGGCCGCCCAUCAUUUAGAACAAUACAAUUAUAAACAUACGCAAAAAUUUCUUGGUAUUUCUCAAUGUGCAAUUUUUACACUUAUGAAUUUCUGUACAAUGUCUUAAAAUCUAGAAUAUAAAUGUUGCUGGUCCUGAUCCCUUGCGAAAUUAGUGCAGCAUUGACUGGCUCCAAAAUUACUCUAGAUGAAAUCCUCAAGAGACAUAAAUCCUUGCAUAUCAGUUCAUAUUCUUCAGCCAACAGCAGUCAAUAUCACAUAUCAUACAGGGCCAUUAACGGAUGCUUCUGCUAGAAGAGCUUGUUGAUCAGUCCUAAGAAGUUAAAAAAUGUGGAACCAAGU